UGGCGGCAACGUCAGCGGCGUCGCCGGGUCCAUGAUGGAUUCGGAUCACUGCGAGACCGGUGCCAACGGCCUGGACAAACAGACCAAGAAAAAACGGAAACGGUGCGGCGAGUGCAUAGGGUGUCAGCGGAAAGACAACUGCGGCGAUUGCGCGCCGUGCAGAAACGACAAGAGCCAUCAGAUAUGCAAGAUGAGAAGGUGCGAGAAGCUCACGGACAAAAAGGUAAGCCGGACAUCAGAAAGAGGCGCGUCCGUCGGCGGCCGCGUCGUGGGAACCGUCGCGGCCGCCCGGCGACGAUAAUAAUAAUAAAUUAAUUAACUGAUAUACGCAUUGCGUGUAAAACAUAUUAUACAUUGUGUAUAUGAGCGUGCGUAGAAAACGCGAUAAGAAUAAGAACUGUACCGUACAGACCGGUGUGAAAGCGCGUGACAAUGGGAACGAUAAUUAUUCAAAUCCGAUUUAAAAAAAAAAAAUAAUAAUAUUAAUACAAAAUGUCGUUUGCCUAUCUCGUUUUUUUUUUUUUUUCGUGCGCGUCAAUUUCGCAUGUGUGUCGGCCGAUAAGCGCGAUAAUACUGCAGCGUUACCUGUGUAUUGUGCGCGGAGCGCGCGAAUCCGAAUUAUGUUACGUUCGUCAGCAACAGCGUGCGCGUAAUAAUAUGCGGCGGCGUACAUUACAAUAUACCGCGACAUAAUAUUACGUGUUUAUCAUCCCCUUCGCGCCGCGUCCCGGGCGCCGCGUAAAUACGACGGCGGCGCGCGCAUAAUAUGUCACACGGAAAGUUUAAAACGUUCAACCCCUCUGCCCGCUCGACGGUUUACAUACGUUAUUACGUACGAGUGAACGGGCGCGCGCGAUACGUAUAAUACGUGCACACGUAUGUACGCGCCGACGACCGUAAACUACGUUUAUACAUACAAUGUGUUGUUUUGACGAUUCGUCAACGGGACCUUCCCCUUGACACACAUUACGGCGGCGGCACCUGCGUAACCCUUCGUCGCCUCGGCCGCCGCCCCACAAACACCCACCCGCUCACACACACACACACACACACACAUACACAUACACACACGCGCACGCGCGCACUCGCACAUAUAUAUAUAUAUAUAUACAUAUAUUAUAUACCGUUCAUACGGACGCGGGUCGGGCAGCCGCCGCCGCCGCGGCCGGUGGCUGACGCGCGCGGACCCGGUCCGAAAGACAAACGGACGGUGAUUAGCGCAGACGAUUGCGGUGGCUACAACACGAGGGGGGCACUGGGUCAAACGGCGCGGGGCCGGACACCAGACGGACGGUAUCCGAUUCUCGUGCCGAACUGGAGGGCUCCUCCGCGACGCGCGUAACCAUCGUAAUAAUGUGUACGUAAUAAUUUUUGUACGCGUUCGUUUAGAGGUGCGUGUGAAACGACACGACAAAAGACAGACGCGCGCGCGUUUACGGCGGUCCCGUCGUUUUUGUUUUUGUUUGUUUCGAAUUAGUUUUUCUCCCAGUAAACUCGCGCACCUAUACGCCGGACGAUAUAGCGUUUAGUUAUUCAUCCCGUUUGACAAAAUAUAUCACGUGUAUCGUCAUUUGUUAUAUCUUCUGGUUUUUUUCCCCAUUUAUUUUACGCAUUCUUAAUGGCAUACGUGCGUAGAUUUUCCGUUAUUAUAUUGUACGAUUACGCAUUAUUGUACGGCCGCGAUAACGGGUAACACAUUAUAUUAAGGUAAUACGGAAAUAACCGAUUGCAUUGUAAUAAUACAAACUCUGUUCCUUCAUCCCCUCCCCGAACUGUACCUGUUUCAUCGCUCUCGCGUUUUACGAAAAACGGUUUACGGUUACGUACCAAAUAUCGUAUAAUGAAAAAACCGCGAAAAUGUUUACCGAAAAUGUCGCGACCUAAUAAAAAUAAUGAUAUUAUAUUACGCGGAAAACAAAAUAUUUAAUAUGAAACGGAAUGAUGGGGAUUUGGGGGCGGGGGGCGGGGGGUAAAUUGUAAUAAACCGGAAUUAUGCGCGUUCGUAUAUAAAGCGAUUUAAAUUUCUCCGUUGAUUCGGGUCACGCCGCACAGAGCCCGGAAAUCCCGUGUAAAAUAUUUUAUUCUACCGUAUAUUAUGCGCACAGUUGACAUGUACGCGCGGUGUAUUAUUUUCGACGCCUUACGCGUGACCGCGAAACGUAUUGCGAAAAUAAUAUUAUAUUUAUAUACUACCGAUGUGUAAUAAAUUGUUUUAUUUCGCGUAAUACAUUCAAGUGCGGCAAUUUAAUAUAUUUUAAUUAUAUUUUAUUCGAUGUCACCCGAGAACGUCACCGCGAUAAUUAUAUUUAUCGUACGUAAUAAUUACCAUAAAUACGUAAAAAACCAUUCGAGAAAACUAAUUGGUUCACGUACAUUUCUAUACACACACACACACACAAUAUAUAUAUAUAUAUAUAUAUAUGACAAUCCGGAAGUCGCGAGAUAAUAUUAUUAUAAAUAUUUAAAAUUUGCAUUCCGCUUAAUGGUUUUUUUUUGAAAAAAACAAAAUAUGCGCGAUAGUUGCCUGCACGUAUCAAAAACCAAAUAAUAUACGAACACAUUAAUUAACUUCCGGAUACUUAUCGCGCGCGGUAUUAUAGUAAAGCACUAUGUACUAUGCGGUAUGCACUACAUUGUAACACGCCGAAUGAAUAAAUAACACACGUAUUUCGUAAGAUAUAUAUUAUAAUGAUGCAACUACGCGUACAUUUAGUUUUGAAAUCAAAUUAGAAUUACAAAUGUGCACGCGCAUAUCUACGGUCCCGGGGAAGGAACGCUUAAUUUAAUUUCGGAUAGUUUUCAAUACAUAUAUUACGAGCAUAAUAAUUAAAUUUUCAAAAUGCAUACGCUAGUACCUACACUGGCGUACGCUUAUUUUGGAAAUAAAUACGGGCAUGCCAUUUAUAGUGGAAAAUGAAGGGGAAAAAAUACACAAAACAGAAUUAUAUAUACAUAAAAAAUUGCUUAAAAUUGACUUAUGCCCUCCUUUGCCGAGACCAAAGAUACAUGGAUGUAUAAAUGGAAUUUUUUUUUUCAUUCGUAACUCUGUGUAUAGGAUUGGUGUAAAUGUUCGGAACGACAACACGUCUACAUCAACGGACAUACAGAGUAUGGUUGUAGACGAAUAGAAAAUAUAAGUGAAAUAUAGAGAUAGGAAAACAAAUGGAGAGAAAUUCGUUUGAAAUCGACUUUACUCGUUCGAUCGUCGGGAUAGAGUACUACGAUGAUUAUUAUUAUGUAGUGAUUUUUUAAGCCACUGUUUUAUAAUAUCAAUGGGCUUGUAUAUGGAAAGGAUAUGACAACUUACUAUAGGUAUGUUAAGUCAAAUAAAUUACUCGUCCGUUUAAAUUUCGCUCUCCUGUCUCAUGACGGUGACACGAACCGUUUUUAAAUCGUAUGGGUGUGUGUGUGUGAUGGCUUGUCGCACCCGUCAAUCUCAUUUAAUUAAUAAUAAUUUACAUGUUUCAAAACACUUUUUAUAGCGAGAACUCACGAUAAAAUAAUAAUAUAAUAAAAACAUAGUCCGGCAGAUUUUAACGGAGCUUAUAUGUAUACUUAAAAAUUAUCGUCAAACUUUUUAAAAAUUCACGAACUUCGCGUGAUGACGGUGAGUAAUCGUGGGUAUAAAAAAUUAAAAUUGCAUAUCAUGUAGUUUAUUGAAGUUGUUUUGAAAAAUACACAAUUGUGUAUGUUUCAAAAUAUAAUUUGUACUUAGUCGAGUUAUAGUAUAGUGUAAAUGCUCCAUGAUUAUUAUUUUAUUAGUAAAACUAGUUAUUACCUAGUUCGUAGUGAAAAAAUCCAAUUAAGCGGUUUAUUAUAAUACACAUAAGAUGAUAUAGUAUUUUACAGCGGUCUCGAACAGUUAAAAUUAUUGUUUGGUAUAUUAACGAGGCCGACGGGACGGAGGGAAAGCGUGUACGUCCCUUGGCCAAUUCCUGAAAGACUACGCCACUGACCCGAGUCAAUAAGAUCGACGUUUUGACUAAUUCGAUAAAAACCCACAAGAGAUUGUUAAACCGUUGCCUACAACUGCCGAUAAAUAAUGCGCGGUUAAAUAUAUGAGGGGACAACCCCCCCUAUCACCAUUAAUAUUUCCUAAACAAAUAAAAAAAAUCCCCCCCCCUUAUCAUCGAUAUAAAUUACGAAAUGAGCCGCGGGCCCCGGGGAGAUGGUUUCGGCGGCGGCCGACGUAAUGAUAAUAUCCGUUGUCGCGCGAAAUCCUUACGCGAGGAACACUCGCGACGAAAACUGCAUUUCCGCGUCUGUAAAUUUCCGUUUGAAUUAUUAUUGUCGUCAUCUCUCGAACGUUUUGCCGUCAUAACAUUACACACACGCGCGCACACAAAUGCGUGCGCUUACCUAUAUACACGUACGUGUUUACAACGUGUGUGGAAAAAAAAAAAAAUCGUUUUACGUUAUAUUAUUAUCGUUUUGGCGCGGCGUCGUCGACGUGCAGUCGUGUGUACGCGCGCGGCGGCGGCAAUGUAGUUAAAGUUUCGGAGGGUCCGGACGUCUACGGCGGACGGUGAGGACGGGAGACGAAACCAUAUUAUGUACAGAGAGCGAUAGAGAGGGGGAGAGAGCGAGCGAGCGAGCGCGAGAAAAAAAAAAAUAAUAAUAAAAAUAUCGCGUUGGCCAUUGGACGAUCGCGGGGGGCACGGCGUGGCGCGGGUGCGAGCGGAGGGCGCGAGCUUGGACGAGGUGGCGGCGGCGAUCGGAUCGAUACGGAGAGAGGCCUCGUAAUGGCGUCGUCGUCGUCGUCGUCGUCGUCGACCGCGUCGUAUAAUAAUACGUACGGCUCGCGUAUAUAAUACGUACGCGCGUAUCGCGGGCAAAAGUAAUGCGGCGGCGGCGGCGGCGAUGACUCAUCGCGAGCGAGUCGCAUCAUCAUCCCUCUUUCGGCGCACACUUCGCGCGGUCUUUGUGCACGCAGUCGCGCCGCCUUCGGCGCGUUUCGCGCGCGCUGCGUGUACACGACGGCGUCAGCGGCGGUUGUCGAAGGUUCGGGAAUUCUCGUUCGCUACACCAACGCGGCGGAUCCCGCGCCCGGAUUUUGCAACGGGCCGGACGUUCCGUUUCGGGUAAAUCACCUCACGAGCGGUCCGCGGCAAUUGAAUUCGCGCAACAAUAAAACGAACGAAAAAAAAAAAAAUACAAGUCUUUCGUCGGGUGUAAGCAUUCGUAGUUCUGGCACCGAACUUUAGGCGGUACGAAAAUCCGCAUUCGGGGCGUACCGGGUCUCCCGCCGUGUUAUUACGUUUAGUUUAUAAUUUAGUUUUUCCGGGUGUCCUUGCACGUCACAGUGCUCUCGGGUUUCCGGUUUUGUGCAACGCGGACGCGCGUGCAGUCUGGCCGUUUUCGCGGUUAUUUUCCGGUCCGCGAUGCGUUUUAUUAUUAAAAUUCGAUUUCCCCGUAUUUCCCGUAAAUCACAGUGGUAGUUAGGUUCUCGGUGUUUCGGGAAAAUGUUUUUUUCUUUGUUGUUGUUUUGUUUUACGUACGUCACCGACAAUAAUAAUAAAAUAUUGGACGCGUAGAAAACGAAAAGAAAACUUUCUUUUGGCUCGUGAACAUUAUCAUAGGGGACUGCGGAAAUCUCGUCGUGAUAAUAUUUGAAAAAGAAAAGCGAAAAAAAAAAAAAAAAAAAAAAAAAAACAAAUCUCUCAAUCGCAUAAAUAUAUAUCGCGGCGUAAGUACGUGUGUAAACACGUCCGUCGCGUUGCCGAAAAAAUAUCGUUUGCAUGCGAAUUCGACGUUUAAUACCUUAAUAAAGUUCUUAUCGUGCGACGACGGUUUCGUAAUAUUAUGAAAAACGUCGUUUUUGAAAGUCGGUAUUUUUUUCUAUAUUAUCGAAACGAUACGUACAUAUUAUAAUAUGUACACAAGUUCGCCAUACACACGCACGCGCGCGCGCGAGGCAAUAAAAGUUCUUUUAAACUGCUCAGCUACACGUAUAUGAAUAUAGUUUUUUUUUCUUUUUUUAUUGCACGUAUUUACGUGUGCCGAUGCGUCGGCAAUACGUACAUAACGUGUUUUUCCCGCUUUGCCGAGGCGGAUACGAGCGAAAGGCGAGUGACGGAUUUCGUAUUAACUGCGCGGCGGGAGCGGUAAAAAAAAAAAAAAAAGGGGGAGGGGGAAAGCUUUUAUUUAUUAAACUUUAUCGCGCGCAUUACUUCGUCAGCAGUUCUUCGCGAGUGCCUAUAUAGGUUGUUUCGUAACAGUUAAAAUGACAAUAAAAUUACGAAAAACAAAAAAAAAAACCGCGUCCGACUGUCGUCGUUUAUAUACACAUAUGUAUCGUAAAUAAUUGCGUGUUACGAUUAGACCACUUUUUUUCCCCUCUCGUCGUUCGUUUUACGCCGACAAAUAUUUCCGCGUCUGCCGUAUAAUCUCCGCCGACGCAAUCGAUUGUUUUCGUGAGUGUAUACCAGGUAUACGAGACGGCGAUGUGCGCGAGGAUAUUUUUUCAUUUUUCACGUUUAUUAAACCGCCUCCGGCCGAAAACCGAAAAUUCCUCGACCGCACGCUGUGCGAAGGUACGACGUGUGUAUCGAAAUAUCUGCUCGCGGACAAAAAGACGAUUGAACCGGAGCCGUGCGCACACAAUAAAAACGUAUAUUUUUAUUAUACACACGGUGUCCGAAAACCGAUUCUUAUCUCGACUGGAUGAUGCCUACAUAAUUUAUACGACUCCCCGACUACCCUCGAUUUUCGGAACGUCUUUGCGUAUAUACACCUGAUGUGCAUCGAUAGAUAAUAGAUGCACAUCAGGUGGAUAAUAGAUCGAUAUGGUCCGACGGCCGGCGGGAAUAUAAUAUUAUAUAGGCCAUAUACGCUUCUGCGUUAUAUUUUACUGUUUUAGUAGGAAAUUCGCAUCGGCAAAAUAAUAAAAACCGUUUUUACCGGUGGAGUGUAUCACAAAUCCUCCAGAUGGCCGUGUACCUUUUUUUCAAUGAUUCGAUUUAUAAUGAAACCGCAAUCCCAUCACUAUGCAUCCACUAUUGCGAUUCGUAUCGUAGAACAAUUCAGUAAAUGCAAUUCGUAUCUCAACACAGCCGAAUACAUUAUUAUUAUCAUCUUUGUUCUAUACGCACAUUGUUGUAGAUGCAGGUAAUUAUUUAUGUACAAUUACACGGACGUUUCAAAACGAUCAAUACGAUUUUAUAAUACCUAAUAGUCGACAAAAUAAAAGUGAGAUCGACUACGACAAGUUGAAUAAAACGUAUAAAUGUAUACCUUUGUUGGACAAGUAAAGAGUAAAGUAUAUGAUCGUAUUUUAUUAUUUAUUGCAUUACCAUACACACAUCCUGCUCGAGCCAAUUUAGUUGCCCGUGCAAUCAAAGUAACUCAGAAAUAAUAAUAAUAAUGAUUAAAAAAAAAAAAAGUUCAAUUUUCUUAUUAAAAGACGCAAAAUCAUGACCCAUAAACCACCCUUUAGGUAUCGACAUCGGAGAUGAAAAAUAGACAGCGACCAUCCCUAUAUUGUUUUGAAGUUUAAAUGCACGAAAUUUCAUCAAGAUCGGAACUUGAUUUUGUAUUUGUAUUAUGUAUGUAGAUAAGAAAUGGGUUUCGCGAUAUCCUGGAAAACUAAUUAUCACGCAUUUAGGAAAAUUAAAUUAAAAAUGUAAGUGUCUAAUGGGAAUGUAUGUACUAUGGGUGUCUGCUUAUUCGACUCCGCCGUGUGUCUUGUGUACCCAUACAUAUUUCGAACACGUAAACUUAAUGUCAACCGAUUUUUUUUUUUUUUCUACGAAACCUAUAUCGAAAGCGAUUCGAGUGAAUGUCUUUUCUUUUAAAAAAUCGAGAGGCUAUAACAUAUUCGAGUAAACUAUUCAUUGUGAAACGUUUUCGCGGCGGAGGCGACUCGAGUGCGUUCGUUUUCACGUUACGACGCCCGAAUUUCCACGGCGCAGCUGCGUAUCGUACCGCAGUCGUUUCUCGUUCAACGCGAGGUGUCCGAUAGGUAUUUCGCGGUCGCACGCUUCUGUACGUAUUAUCGUAAUUUAUACGCGCGCACGGCGAUGUAACGGACGGGGCGUAAAAAUCGUUCGGGGUGUCGGCAGAGAGGGGAGACAUUAUCCGCGGCGACGGCGGUCGUUUUUGUGCGACCACGAUCGAUCCCGACGGCAAUAAUAUUAUUAUUAUGAUUAUAACAAUGCGACGAAAGCCGCCGGCCGUUUCGCUGAUUUUCCAUUUAGAUUGACUGCACCCCCUCCCCGCCACCCCCACCCCCCUCCGCGCUGGAGCCGGCUUCCGUGGCCCCGUUUUCCCCAGUGUUUCUUACGGCCGCGUGGUCCUGAUCAUCCGUGCCACGACCGUUCGCGUGUAUAAUUGUAAAACAACAAAUUCGAAACAUGGCUGCUUUUCGAUACCCCGUCCCGCACACCGCACCGCCGAAAUCGCUCUCCGACGACCGUAACGUUAUCGUCGUCACCCUCUUCCACCCACUCCGCAAACAAAAUUAUUAGUUUUUCGUAAAAUAUUUAUGCAACGCCGCGGUAAAUAGCUACAAUCCUGUAUAGGAUUUACCGGUAAAAACUGCGCACCUCCCGCCAUCUAUAAACAGCGUUUAUGAAACUGUUUAUCGAAAACUUUUUUUUUUUUUUUCGAUAUGUUCAUAUAGUAUAAUAAUAAAUAUACAGUUUACAAACUAAAGAACACGCAAUAAAUGUUCAAAUUGCACUUGAAAUGUCAUUUAAAUUAUAUAUACUUGGAAGUUUUAAUAAUAACUUAUGUUUAUAGGUACUGCAAUAAAUCAGUAGAUAAUUGAAAUUAAUUAAUUGAAAAACUUCGAAUUUGCAUUUUGUUUCGUUUUUCACGAUUUUUAUUAUACGGGCCGUUUUCGAUGGUAACUUCAUCAUACCUCAUAACCGAUAAGUCAUAAGCUAUAAAACCUGGACAUUCGCCGUCCAAUUGAAAGGUAUAUGACCGGAUACCUGACGGACACCAGAAAUCCGAACUGCCCGGGAGAAACUAUUGGAUAGGGGGGACGACACACUAGUUCGAUUUUCGCGAAGUAACCACGCGAAAAGUAUAAUCUAAUAAAUAUAAAAUCGUAAACCGAAAUGUCAUAAUAGAUGUGUUUUGGCGAUAUUUUCGGCGAACAAACCGUUUUGCCGAUAUUGUUUAAUGCAAUUGUUCGACAAUUGAAUGCACUGCACGUGUUGUUGACGACUAAACCUAUGAAAAACUCUGUACAAGUCUUCGGUAACUGGUUAUCCGUCGGUAAAAUGUUGUACAAUAGACGGUCCAUUCACGACACCCGAGUACCAAUGAGUACCUACCAGAAAGAACGCUACAAACCGUUUUCCGAAAACUGCAUCUGGCGCCUGUGUAUUACCCCGUCGAUAUUUUUUUAAUUUUGUCAGGGGGACGGGGGAGGGGGGUGGGAGGUAGCGUCGUCGGUCGAUUUCAAUCGCGUUUUCCCCCGGGAAAUGAGGGGGUAGGGGGGAAAUUACCGGGACGAAAUAAUAGUAUAAUAUAUUGUAUAUCGCGAAACAACAAUAAUAUUGUAUAUAUAGGUAUAAAUUAUUACGUUCGGUAUACUAUUUAUUAUAUAUACAUAUAUUAUAUACAGAGGAGCGUGUACAUGACAGGACGACGGCGGCCGUACGUAUUUAUUAUACGUAUAUAUAUACAUUGGGGAAACUCCUUUACGACGCACUAUGACGUCAUCGCGCGCGCCGUGUGUGCCAUUAAAAACCGACAACGAUACUCCGGGCGACCAAGGAGACCGCACUUCCGCACGGGUCGCACGCCGCCGCUCGUGUGUCUGGAACACACACGCGCGCACCGCAAACGAACACGAGACAUCGUUUCCGGCCGCGAAGCCUUUUUUUUUUAUUACUAUUUUCCGCGCCUAUAAACGGCGUAAUAAUACCGCUAUACGCGAAUAUAUUAUAAUAUUAAUAAUUGCUAUAAUAAUACAUCGCCCCGACUCCCGAAUACAGUAGAGAAAAAAUAAAAGAGCCGAUACUGCUGAUGGGUAUGUCACUAUUGUAGGCGGGAUUGUAGGUGUGAUACAUAAUGCUAUUUCUUCAUACAUCUGUACGCAACGAUGAAUCAACGCUGACGGGUUACGAUUCUGAGCGAAGUUGGCUCGUGAGUUUGAAAUGCCGUGAUAUUUUAGUAAAAAUUUGAACUUGAAAGCUUGUGAAAAAAAAAAAACACUAAUUACUAUAACAAUUUAUAAUGGAUCUUGAAUAUAAUUUUCAAAAAUACCAGUCUAUUCGGUAAAAAUAAAACAAAAUAAAAAUAAAAAAACACGAAAGUGUCGAAUGCCUAAAAAUAGCUCAAAAACUGUUAAGAAUGUUUUGAAAAUUUUACCACGUCUAAUGUUGGUAUUUUGUGCAAAAUUGAAAUCGUCACGUUUGUUUUAAACCGAAUCAAAACAAAACAACAAUGAAUGCCGUUAAUGCCGUAAACUUUAGCGUUUUUUUUUUACAUUUUUUCCCUCAAUUUUUAAGAAACUACACGGAAAAUCAAAAAAAUGUUUUUCUUAAGCACCAAUUUGAUAGAAGUUUUUUUUGUACUAAUUUUCUUGAAAUUUCGAUCAAGAAAAACAAAAUUGAAUUUAAUGAAACUUUUCUUUACUUGGGAAAUCAAAAAUGACUCGUCUAAUGCAUUAUCGACCAGAUCCAAAAUGCGUACACCAUAGUAAAACUAAUACGAAAAUAAAAAAUAAUUCGUCUCGAUAUCAUAUUAUUAUUAAUCGGGGGCGCCCGAGUCCGAGUGAUUCCCCAUAAAAAAAAAUAAUUUUUGCAACAUAACCCAAAUGUGUGUCCCAGUUUAUUCAGAGUUACCCAGGGUACACCACGAGGAAGUGGAUUGACUUAAACCCCAAAAAUAUUAGGUUAUUUCAUUAUCUGUUAUUGAUAACACCCAUUUAAGUUGGUUGAGUGUUAUAAAAUAGAUAAGAAUACACAGUGUUUAAAUUAAAUACUUUUAUAGUAUUUAAAUUUGUUUGCGCAUGAAAACAUAACAAAUUUUUAUAAUUUUUUAAAAUGUUGAAAACGACGGCACUAAUUCAGUACCGGAAUACGGGAAAAUUUACGGCGUUACAUUCGUUAGCAUUAGCUUAGUUACUCUAGCCGUACCCCAGAGUGUUACCGAGUUUUAUCGAAAAAGUUGAAACAAAAUGUCGUUUCUCCGCCGAUCAGUUGAUCGCUUAUUAAGUUGAUUAAGCUUUUAAACGGGUAUAAAUAGGUGUCUACCGAUCGGGCCGCGCCGUUGUUCGGACCGCGGACGCACUCGGGCUAUGAAAAAUGUAAGAAUUAAAAACGGGGCGCUCCCGGGACAUCCCCUUAUUGUUACCGUGUGCACGGUACGUAAGAGAGAAUACGCCGAAAACCGCGGGACGGCAAUCGUCGUCGUUUUUCUCUCCUCGGCCGGACAAAUGGUCGUCCCCGGACCUACGUUAACCGCGAUAAUAACAAUAAUAUGCCGCGUAGGCCCGGCGCGAAACCGGCGGGUACGCCGAUUAUUGUACACGCAUCACGGCGGCCUUUGACGAAUAUUCGUUGCGUUCAAUAUUAUAUUAACCGCCGCCGCCGCCGCGUCGCGAGUCGGUUAUGCGUUUACGUACGUACGAUACACAACGCCGUCGUCGUAAUAUUAUUAUUAUUAUCGUUAUUAUCGUUAUUAUUAUUAUUAUUAUUAUUAUUAUUAUUAUGUCGUACCCCGCGAUCUUAUAGGUGUAUAAUAAUAAUAUUUUACGACGCGUAAACUACGUCGGCGGCGGCGGCGGCGGCGGCGACGGAGAUUACGCCGUCCGCGGGCGCUCCGGCAACGUCGCGUCGGUGAAGGUCAAUGUUAUAGGGUGAAAAGAGAGCUACACACGCUGCCGCAGCCGCCGCCGCCACGGCCGCCGCCAUUGCACCUAAACCUCCCCCCUCCCUUCCCUGCAGCUACCCCGUCUGGCCCACCGAUGGGGUGACAAAGAUUAUAAAUCCCGCGCGUACGCGUCCGUUCAUUUACUACGCGUGUACACGUUUUUUGGCUCCGCGACGCCCCGCGGCACCGCCCGUCCCGCGAACGAGUUUUUGUGUAAAAUAUUCGCGAAAUUUCGUAUCGCGAAAUUUUUCACUUUUUUUUUUUCUCCCUCUCUCUCUCUCUCUCUCUGUACAAUAUAACGUCGUUACGGCCGAAUAAUCGUGUCCGACAAUAAAUACGGGUCCAUUGAAACGACGCGUCACGGGUUCGACGCGCAAAAUAAUAAUUUUUAUGCUACAUUUUGUAUUACAUACGCGUAUUACCCGUUGAUCGUUUUGUAAAUUAUGUCGUAUUUUAAAGCGCAUUCGUGUACGUCGUGCCGUCCGCAUUGGCGUUUUACACGCGCGUGCGUAUAGCGUGCAUAUACGUCACGUGACGCCAAUAAAUUUACCGAUACAAUAAAUCGUCGUAGAUAUAGGUAAUAAAAUUUCAGAAUAUUAAUCGUGUCGCGAUUUAGCGACGUAGUCAUUUUCCCAUUAAUAUUGUUGUAUUUAAUAAUUUUUUUCAAUUUCAAAUUCAAUAUGCAAUAGACACAAUAACGUCCGCGUAAUAUUUAAAAUAAUAUAAUCGCACCGGGACCGACGAACUUUAUUUGAAAACGUUUUUUUGUCGAGUUAAACGCUCUGAAAACACUUUUCGGUUCUAGUAAAAACGCUACAAAAAGUAUUAGAUUGUUUUGCCGGUAGGUACUCAUAACUUUAUUGUUGAAAAAUAAUUUCUUAAUUCUCAUAAGUUUUUCUUCACAAUUUAUAAAUAAAAACACGGUUGUUGAAGGGUAUGGCCCUUUUUAUGGGGGAAGUUGAAAGAAACGAUAAACCAUUACUAAAGAAAAACGAUUCUGUGCAGAGUAUUAUAAGUUGUAUUUUUUUCCUUGUGGCCAAGGUAUAAUCCAAAUUAACAAAUAUUUUAAACAAAAAUGCUAAUUUUUCCCGUUUAUUAAAAAAACUACUUUGGCCAAUUAUAAAAAAAAAAAGAACAUCUCAAUGGACUAGAUCGAAAAUUACACUUGAAUGUUUACAUAAAGUUUUUGAUUUUGAACAAGAUUUCUGGUAGAAAAUAUAGACACCAGAAAAAAAAAACACAUAGGAAACCAAUUCGCUCCUCGCUUCACUCAGGAUCUUAAACUGACAACAAAUGUCGAAAAAUAAUUCCAGAGUUACUUUGCAUGCUAUGCAAGGGAAAAACACGUCUAUAACGAGAUUGCUCCGCUUUGAAUUCUUUUUUGAUUGCAAUCAUUUAUCGUUGAUUUCGAUGUGUAAAUUAAAUUACUUUAUAAUAAUAUACAUUAUCCUAACCUUUAAUACUGCAGUGGCCUACCAAUGAUAUGGUGCAAAGUACGUCGUGCUUACGAGGACCAUAAUGUCUAGUGGGUCUCCACUGGGGUUAUAUCACUUAUAAUGGAGAUUGUUUAAUAUUUGUAUUGGUUAUACGAUUUGUUGUGUAGUUUAUAUUAAUUGAAACCCGAAGAAACAAGAGAUUAUUAUUAUUAUUAUUUUUUUAGUAAAUUCGGAUUUAAAUAUGUCUCUAGGGAAUAUGUUUACACACACAAUAGACGGCGUAAUAAUAUAUUAUAUUAAAUAUGCUUUUAUUUUCUGUAGUGUACGUGCAGUAUUAAAUGCAUAUAUUACACUCCAGGUGGACGUAAUUCUAUUGUUGUCACACGCACAACGUUAUGAGUAUUUUUUUUUUUUUUUUCAUAUAAUAUAUAAUAUAAUAACCAUAAUAUAUAUAUAAUGUAGUUCAAAUCCAGGUGGGUUUCGUUUUUUCGUUUUUAUUAGUAUUACCGCGAUGGAUUAAUGAAUCCAGGUGGUCUCGAUAAAAAGUUUGUUUUAUCGGAGUCGUUAUAUUGUGUACAGCGUAUUACGCGUAUACAGACUAAAAUCGAAAUACACGAAAUAUUAUUGUAUAUUAUGUAUUGACGUUUUUGCUCGGGGUUUUUUUUUUUUUAUAAUUUGGCCCUUACCAACAAUAUAUUAUUCCGGUCUAUAUAAUAUUAUUAAAUAAUUUAUAUAUAGCGAAAUAAAUUUCGCGGAAAAACGAAUUCUCGGUGGAACGUUACACGGUUUUCCGCGGUAUAUUUUUUUGUUUUCAGAAAUUUAUUACGUUCUGUCGGCAAUAAAAAUAUGACCAGUUAUAUAUUACAAUGAACACCGUCGGUGUGCGGGAAUAAACUGCGUAUAAUUUCGCUGUAAAACUACAAUCGAUUAAAAACGUAUAUAUACGUGUAUACGUACAGGACGCGGUUUUUUUUUGUGAAAUAACGAGGUCGACGUGUAACAAUAAUAAUAAUUACUGUCCGGUGGGGUGAAAAAAACAAUAACAAAAUAUUAUUAAAAAAAAAAAAAAAACAAAAACAAAAAAAUACCCGCUAACAAUGUAGGUAUGACAAUGGAAAUCGAUGGAAAUACCCUUAGCGAUUACGAUUACGAUGACGGAAUGAAGAAAAACCGCAAUAAUAAUAAUUAUACGAUCGGGGGGUGAGGGGGCGGGUGAAAACAACCCCUGUCUCUAUAUAGUGAAAUCGACGAGGUAGACUGCGCGAGGGUCAGUAGUGACGGCGGCGGCGGCAACGGAUGUACGCGGCUAGACAACAUAAUACUACGUAUACAAACCGCAGCGGCGGCGGCGGCGGAGGGUAAAGGACGAUCCCUUUGGCGGCGGCGGCGGCGGCGACGGUCCGUUCAAAGGUCCCUGACCACGCGCCCACGUCGUCGCGUCGUACGCGUCGUCUCCGCCCCUCGUUUAACCCUCGGGCCCCAGGAGGGGACUGUUCUACUACUACUACUACUACUACUACUACUACUACUACUACUACUAUUACUACCAAUACUACUACUACUGCUUUCGCUCCCGCCAUUUAUCCCGUAGUAUACAGUUCGGCCCUCUGCAGCCGAACCCCGCGAUAUUCCCCGACACCGUCCCGCGGCGGACGACAAGUAGUACACCGCCCUCGUCUUGCCGUGUCCGUCUCGAUGUGUCCUUGUCCAAGGCCGCGGCCAGAGACAAACUAUACGGCGGCGGCGGCGCCAAUAUUUCUGAAGCACCGCGGGUCGUCGCGGCCGUCGUUUUUCCGCCCAGACCCGCGUCUUAUAAUUUAACCGCGACAAUAUUUCGUGCGCGUUAGAAAGUUUUCGUCGACAUACGCGUCCGGUAAUCGACCGGUUUACCGAAACGGCACGCCGUAACGUAUAAAACACGAACUCUGUGACGCCGAUGCCGACGUCGUAUGUGCACACCGGUGAAAUACCGUGUCGGCGAUGUGCGGGACGGAGAGGAGCCGCUGCCGCCGUAGCCGCGACCCGGUACAAAACGGCGGCAGCUGUCGCCCAGGGAUCCGCGGCGGCGGGCGCUCAAGGGUGUCUAAAAUGCGCGCGCGUCCGUUGCGUUCCGGACCAGACGCGGUCGCCGCGGCCGAACGGUACCCGUGGUAUGCCGUGGCGGAAGCGAGUUUCGCGAAAACGGGCUAGCGCGUUCUGAGCAGCCCUGGCCCGCCGCUGCAGGGUACACAACAACAUAAUGCACACGCGGCGGCGACGACGGCCGUAUAUACGCGUUACUCACACGCACUCACGUACACACGCGGGCACGCACGCACUCACUCACACACAAAAGGGCGGUGUGCGUAAGAACAGCUGUCGGUGUGUACAGCGGCGGCGGCGGCCAUGUUGUCGAUCCUUUUCAAAAUGUCUCUUUAACCAACACUGCUGCACACGCACGCACACAACUUUGCGUACACACACACACACACACACACACUGUAACUUAACACCGCCGUCGCCUGGUUGCCGGAUUUCCGACACGGCCGUGUAUGUAAUAUAUUAUGCACAAAAAAAAAAAAAAGAUAUCCUAAAUCAACGGUCUCGGUCGCGUACCGGUUUUCGAUUUUAGUUUAGAAACUCGGUCGUCGUCACGUAAUACACGAUAUUUUAUAUUGUUAUUAUUAUAUAGACGAAACCACGACAUGACGACGUGGAAAGUCGCCGCGAGUUCGCGGCGUGUGAAUUCGAAGGGCUUUCGGGUGGAAAAUUCGACGUAUACGCACAGAACCGGAAGAGGGGGGGGAUAGAAUAAAACUGCAUCGACGUCUAUUAUAAUAUACCAGAGUAUUGUUAAAAUUUAUUAUAAUUUUUUUUUCUAUAAUGCGUGUUUGUCGGUUUUACGUAAAACGUUCGUAUUUUACAAUAUAAAUAUAUGUAUAGUGAUGGUGCGGAGAUGCAGAGACGUACGCGAAACUCAUUCUAUUUAUUGUUUAAUGCACGCGACCCCUGGAAAGGGCGAUUUUUAAUUUUAAAAUAAAUCUUGCAUUAUCCCGUGCCGGUGCAGCGGUGAUGCAUCAUCAGCACAUCGGGGGGGGGGGAGAAACGAACAGCGAUUCGCUUCCCCCUCCGACCUUUUAACGCCAUAAUUGUUCACCGCCGCCGCCACGACUAUUGGAUAAAUAAAUAAAUUUUUUUUUUAUCAGGCCUUACAAGGGUUGUAAUAUGUUAUAUUAUUUUAUAGCGUUUCCUAUCCGUAAAUGUUGCGUGGUCCGCGAUUUAAUAGCGCUGCUGUGCGCAGCAUACAAUAUUAUUAUACACUAGGAAUCGCCGUUUGUAUAGGUACUUUAAACGCGAAACAAAUAACAAAAUACGCUCAAAAAACUUUCGUCGUAGGCAGUGGCGUGUCCGGGAAUUUUCAAUGAGAGAGGCGAUAUCGAUAGUAAAUAAUAAAAAUCAUGAGUAAAUUGUAGAAUCGUAUUUUGUACCUUUAUUAUAUGCUUAACCCGGUAUGGUAUUCGAAAAGCCGGGUCUAAAAAAGCCAAACCGUUAGUCAGGCUUUUCUUUGUAACAUGGCUGCAAUGUACUGUAAAAUUUUACAAGAUUAAAAUACCAAAUAAGUACGCAUAGUUGUUGUAUUUUUAUAUCAAUGAGGGGAGAGAGGGGGGACAUAAACCACAACCUCCUUCUUCUGCUUAAGUGCGUUCGCAAGGUAAGCCCACGGUAAAGACUGUUGUGUAUAUUUUCCGCAGGGAACGGGGUCAAUCACUUUGCAAGUCGUCACACGGGUGGGGCUCUUUUUACACAAAUCGACUAAAAAUGUUCGCGGCUAUAUUAAAGCGUGUUCAUAGCCUUUAUAAUAUAGUAUAUUUUAUGCACGAAUUUCUAUGUUGAUAAAUUAAGAGAUUAAGGAGAUAUAAAGAAGAUAGAAGGACAAUUUAUCAGUUGAUGACAAAAGUUUUUCACAUGGUCUCUAUAUGGUCAAAUUAGACUUCUAGUGUCUAAUAGUGACGAUGGUCUACUGCUUUGUACUACAAAAUAAUACGAUAUCUGUAUCGCACAAAACGUGUGAAUAGAUUAUUAUUUUUUUAUUUAUCAACAAAUUGCGUCCGAAUGUUCCGACACUUAUUGUAUGCCGGCGAAACGAAAAAGAUUUGGCAUUUUACUGCACGCCAAUAAAGAUAACGCGAGAAAAAGCGAUUGGCAUUGAACCAAAAGAUUGGCCCUAUUCAUUUUGGCCAUGCCGAUAUUGCGGAUACCUAUACGCGAAAAUAAUCCCGGUACUUUUUACGAACAAUUAAUUAUAACGGAUAAUCAUUAGGUGCGUUGGUGUAAUUAUUCGAAACUGAUAAACACUGAGAACAACAAUAAUCUUCCGUCUUCGAGAAUACUGUGAUAACGUGCAGCUGUCGUUCCGUAUCCUGUAUGUCUUAAUAAUUCGUGUAAUAUCGUAUACGAUUAUAUAGGCCACUUUGAAAAUCGAAAGUCAGCGCGUAUCGUACGUUCUCGUCAAUUUUUUUCGUAAUUUAUGUUUAUAAUACGUCACGUCGUGGUAAUAAUAAUAACUGUCGUCGGUCGUAACAUACUAUUAUUGUAUUAAUAAUAAUAACAUUACGCGUACAAUAUUAUUAUUAUUCGGUCUGAUUUAUGUACUAAGCGCGCGAUAAUUGAGGUCAAGAACGCGUCGCGGGCCAAAAGCGACAAAACAAUAAAAAUAAUAAAAACGAAUCAAAUCUAUUCGCGGCGGCGGGAACCUGACGACGCGCGGCGUCGGAGGCGGCGCGCAAGCGGUUCAAUUAGAGUUCGUUAGAGGGUUCGACGCGACCGGCGGCGGUAACGGCGGCAGCGGCGGGCGCGCGAAUCGUAAAAUAAAAAAAAAAAACAAAAAACAAAAAAAAAAAAUAAAUAAAUAAAUAAAAACCGAAAUUGGGUACACGCAAGAGCUAAAGGCGCAUAAACGCGGCGUCGUUAUAAUAUUAUACUCUAUGUACAGGGUGUUUAUGAUGUGUGUGUGCGCGUUCUAAACGAUCUAUACGACGACGAUAAUAAUAUUAUUGUUGUAUUAUAGUGUACGCGUACGGGGAGGGCCGAGGGGGGUACCGGAUCGAUACGUGGCCGUUUAUGGCCGUACCCCUGCCCCGCAUUCACCCCCUCCCCCAAUACACCGCCUAGUCCCUUUUCCAAUCACGCGCGCCCGUUUAUGUAUCUCAUUUAUACACGCGCAAUAUAAUACAUAAUAACAUGUACCAUUUUAUAAUAUAUUAUUAUUAGAACGGUUAUAAUAUUAUACGACUACGUACCGUAUUGUAUUGUAGCACGUCACGCGGAUUCGUCCGAAUCCUAUUUACGCCGGGACGACGUUAUAGUAGUAUUGGUCGUUGGCGGGGUGGGGAGUGGGAGGGGACUGCGAGAGUCUGCGGCGAGCGAUUAAAUUUUGAUUUUUAUCGAGCUUAUAAUAUUAUUUUGUCAUACGGGCCGCUGGCUGUUCCGUCAGCGAUCAUCACUACUGCGCCGCCGUCGUCGUGGCCGACACACGUUUUCGUUUUCAUCCGUCCCGGCGACGACGACGGCGGUUUUUGUGUGUGGCGGCGGCGGCGGCGGUCCCGGAGACUUGAAUGGUGGCGAAGACACUCGGUACGCCGCCGCCACGUUAUGUAUUAUUUAUUUAUAUAUAUACAUUUUACUCGUUAAUGUGACUGUGUGUGUGUGUGUGUGUGUACGUAUAGUGUUUGUGUAUACAGGCUGACGAUUCCCGAUAGCGUAGGCAAACACACACGCACACACACACACACACGCGCGCGUGCACGGAACGGCAGAUAAACGACCGUAUAGUAAGCUUAUCGGGACGACGACGGCAUACACAGAAACGUCGGUAUACCUGUGCAUACGUAUAUUAUAUUCUACAAUAUUACGUAUAGGUGUAUUGUAAAUAAAACAGUCUAAAAUGUAUACGCGUAACAUACGUACGUAUACUCGUAUAUAAUAAUAUAAUAUACAAUAUCGUUACGUAUCGCAACAACGUAUUUGUUGAGAAGCGCAUUCCGAGAUAUUGAAAUUCCCGUCUCGCGACGAUGACGCUUUUUUUUUUUUUUUUUUCCGGGCACCGGACGGACCGUGCGCAACGUCUGCGCGUGAUUAUUACGAUUUACAAUAACGCAGCUCGUAAUGUUUCUAUCGCGCCGAUUAAUAACUAUACGGAUGUAGCCGAAUCGGUUCCCGUCGUUCGCGGUAACACGGUCGAAUGUAGCACAUUUUCCAUCCCGUUCAUACAGGUUUAGGACUGCCGACUUAGCAGUAAAGUAAGCGUGGUUAAAAAUGUGCGUAAAAUGAAUUCAUUACCGGUCGUCUCUUAAACAAUAAUAAUAGUUUAAAAUGAAAAAAAAAAAAAAAACAUUUUAAAUUGUUAUUUACGUUUAACGUUAAAUGCACACUAUAUAUUUUAGUGUUAAACGGGAACCGAUUCGGCGUGUGGGGUAUGAGCUCGGGAACCAAUUCGAUAUCAUCCAAUUUGUACAAUGUUAUUCUCUUCUCACGCGCGCGCGAAAACUGCUCCCGGCCUUUUCACCCGGCGGAGCUCAGCAAAAAUAUCCAAAACGUUUUACGUUACUACUAUUGUACACGUACAAAUGUCGAACUCGUUUCUCAGGCGACCGUUGAAUCUACUCUCGACAUCUGUACGAAUCGCUCCGUCGACCGUUGAAUCGGCGCUUCCGAGCAACGUAUUAUUGUAAUUUAUUUUUAAUAGGCCCCGUCAACAUAGCAUUUUCAACGAAUGGUUCUCGAAAUACGUGUCAAACACACGUCGAAAAAGUACACGCGUGACAUUCAAUAAUAUUUUCAUUCGGAUCGUUAACGGAAAUCAUGCAAACUGUUUGCAUUUCGUAGUCCGGUAUGCGUAUAUACACGUAUUAUAGCUGUUACAACGCUGUAGUAACACGCUGUGGGUCGAAUGAUUAACGAAAAGCGUAAUUAUACGGAGCGGAUUAAUUCAAACGCAUUUCGAUUUUCAAAUUAUUUUAAUGUAUAAGCGUGGGCAAAUUUCGGUCACGCUUUCGGGCGGGAGGGUUGAUAUUUUUACCAAUUUUACCCCACGCACUCGGGGAACAGUGUUCACGUUCUGCGCGUUCCGCAGCCUGUCUUUUUUUUUUUUUUGUCGCGGACAGACGUUUUAGUCUCUCCGUCUGCGGCUUUAGAACAUUCUACGGACGCAAGAAAAACAUUUCAUUGGCGUUUCACCCACUCAUCCCUUUGUAUCCCUUAACGUUCGCUUAGUAUAAAUCAAACAAUAAUCUUUCGAACGAUAAUUUCGAUAACCGACUCGUAUACGAACAGAAAUGUCGGUUGGGCCGAGAUUCAGUGUACAUAGACAAACAUGAUAUAAUAUCGAUUACACCAGGGUUUGUGUGACAGAACGAAUUGCACCGGUUUCCACAUAUAAUAUUAUAAUAUUCGUAAUUUAUUGUCGGGCGAGUGUAACGGCAAUAAUACACAUACAUAAUAAUCGAAUUCUACGGCCGUCGGCCGAAUCCAAAUACAAUAUUACACCACGAUCGGGAAAAUUAAUUUAUUUUUAUUCCCUCCCGAUAUAUUAUUUGUGUUAUCCGCGUCCGCACUCGUAAUAAUAAUAAUGUAUUCAACAAAACGUUGCAAAAUUCGGUUUGCAGUUAUAUCGCGGUAUAAUGUUGCUGCCGUUUUAUACGGAAACGGUCCGAUCGGUGUGCGAUUGUAUUGCGCAAGUAUAAAUACGUAUUUCGCGCGUGUAUUUAUUAAAACGGAUAAUGCGAUAUUAAAUCAGACCGCUGUCGAAUAAAUGUCGAGUGCGUAUUACGUAUUGUAUACGUAUCUAUAAAUAUAUAUAUAUAUAUAUGUUGGUAUACGUCCUAUACAUCUAUUUAUAAAUAAUAUUUUUCGUGAACAAAAACUACGUACUUGCCACCUACCUGUAUACACCUACUAUACUAUUACAUUAUUACUUUUUCGGCAAGACGGUGGGAAUAAUGAAAAUCUUUGGGGAAAAAAAAAAAAAACAACCCGACCUUUUUCCGGUUACAAGUUGACGAAACGAGGUUAAACAGAGAGAGGAUGUACCUCGUUGUGCGUAGGCGGCGCCCGCCCGUAUUGGGUUUCCACAUCUCGUGUGUCUCUGUCCUCUCGCCGUUGUAUAAUAUUGUAAUAAUAGUGCAUCUAUCUGUAUAAUAAAUAAUAAUGUAUAGAAGUAUCACAACGGUGCGAAACUCUUGUGAAACUAUCUCGCGAGUACCCAUAUCGCCACGGAAAUAUUGUUAAAACAUACGUAUGCCCGCGCGGUAAUGACAGUCGCGGAAUUCACUACCGCGAUAGCAUAAUGAACUAUUCGCCGUGCGAUCAGGUCGAUAGUAACUAUAUUAAACUAUCGCGAAAGCCGCCAAUGCGGGAAUCGAUGUGGUAUACGUAUGGGCAUUAUCGUAGUGACGUUGAUUCAUAUCGUAUCGUGCUAUUUUACUGUCGUGACAGCACUUUCACAGAAACGUUUCUAUAACCGAAUUCGCGAAUACUAUCGAAAUUUAUGUCAUAUAUACAAAUGUUAUAAUCCCAUCACGUGGACGCUGUCUCGUACUCACUUGUGAUAAUUUACUAUCGUGGCAGCAACUGUCAUGGUAUGCAUAAUAAUAGGAGCGUAUUCAGAAAUGAAUAAUGGAGGGGAGGUAUAUAUAUAAAAAAAAAGAAUACAAAUAAAUAAUCGAUAGUUUAACAAUGUACACUUUCUAUCGCAAUAAAUACAGAACAAAUUCUUCAAAAACACACCACUGUAUAGUAACACUAUACUGUCGUGUGGAACCAGGCUUAGAAAACAAAAUCAUGUGCUAACUGUUCGCAUGAAAUCGGAAUAACCAAAUUGCGUAGUUAUAAUAAUGUGUUUUAUUUUUAACGAUUGAUUUUGAAGUGGAAUGGUAUUUUAAAAAGAUCAUAUUAUAAAAUUGAUUGUUAUGAAUUUUAUAAUAUUCUCGUAAAAGACACGGAGUAGGUACAUUGGCGAAAAAAAUGUAUGUAACUAUACGUGAAUUGCAGAUAUUAAAUGAUCAAUUUGCAUCAAACCAUUAAUUACACGAUUACGAGCUGAACGAACAUUUUUCGAAAAGUGUCGUACAUUAAGUGAUGAAAAAAACCAACAACAAAAAUCGAAAAGGGUACAUUGUAACGUGUAUAGUAUACCUGUGCAAUAUGGUGAAUUAAAAUAUUUUAGAUCAAACGGUCAAACAGUCAAACAGCCGCCAUCUUUUUAUUAUAUCGAAUGACUUUUCGAGUGUACAAUAUUUUCAGUUCGAAGACAGUGAAACGUAAAUCGUCGCAAUAAAACGGACAAUGAUAAUAAUUUUAAAUUUGUUUUGUCUAUCGAUUUUAUCAACGAAUUAGGGUUAUCGAUUUUAUCUGCGGUUUGUCCUGUUAGAUACCUACUAUACAAUAAUGCAGAAUAUAAUAUUAUCGUAUUUAUUAUUAUAUAAAAUUGGUACCGUUACAAUAUUAAUACAUAGGAUUUACCUACAGUAAUUUUUUGAUAAGUAAUUUAUUUUUCCGUCUAGUGUAAAAUACAAUCAGUUUUCAUUCGUCUUCCGAUCAUAUCUGUUCCCUAUACAUUUAAUUUUUUCUCAACAAUUCCAAUAGAAUUAUACAAUUUUCAGAAAAUUCAUUAUCCACCAUUUAAACGUUUUGCUAAUAAUAAUAAUAAUUAAUUUUUCUGUCCGGCGUUUUUAAUUCAAUUAGUUUUUAUUCGUUCGCCGUCCUUCACUGUAACCUAUAAAUUAAAUUUUUUCUCAACAAUUAAAAUAGUUACCUAUUUACAAAUUUUAGAAAAUUCAUCAUCCAUCGUUUAAUCGUUUAGCUAAUAAUCCAAAACGUGCCGGAGAAACUGCAGUGAAAACACGUAAAACGUAAAUCGAUGCAAUUUUAUUGAUCAUCAGCUACACAUAUCCACAACCAUAUUCACAAACGUAUUCUACCAAGUAAGUAUUAAAUAGACAAAUCAUAAUAACACUAAUUACUAAAUCCUUAAAUAACUAAGAAACUUAUUUGUUUCCAUAAAAGAUACUACUGACGAGUAGACUGUUAAAAAAAAAUUUUAACUGGAAUCUAUUCCAAUAUUUUAAAAUUGAUAAUAAGGCAGUCCGAAAAAUCAUUCCGCAAUGUUUCUAAUAAUAAUGUAAUGACAUUUAUAGAUUUUAAGUUUAUUGAGUUUAUUAUAUUAACUAUAUAUUAUAUAGUUUUACUAAGAUGUGUAUUUUUUUUCGAAAAACAUUGUUUUCGGUCAGCAGUUAAAUAUAUCAUGUUGUCGAUGUAGAGUUUUUGAUUGAUAGAAUUUUUAUUUGAAGCAUAUUUUUACGGAUUCCCCAACAGUUUAAAAAAAAAAAAACUAAAAAUACUGACAAUAAAACUUAGGUUUUAUUUUUGUUGAUUUUCGGAUUACCUUGAAAAGGUUACUAGAAAAAAAAAACUAAUAUUAUUAUUAGCUCCGCUCAAAAUCGUUUUUAAAAAUAUUAAAAUAUAUUUCGUUGUUUUCAAUAUUAUUACAUACAAACCAAAUAUCAUAUACAACGUAGGGGUAAGGGAUUAACUGUAAAAACCGCGUCGUAUCCAUAAUAGUUUUAUAGUUCAAAAUGUUUAAUUUUUUUCUUUUGAAUUCCUCCCCAUAAAUCAGCUUUUGAAAUGUUGUCUGUAUACGUUCCCAGCUUCCUACAUACAAUGACGAAGUGUUUUCAAUGGUAGUCCGGUAUAGUUCACUUUACAUUAUCAUUUUCGAUCGAACAUUAUAAUACGAUCGAAAAUAAUACGUAAGCGAUUUUAUCGGGAUGCGGUAAUUUUCAUUAUUAUUACACGAAAAAAAAAGUCUGUACGAGACGAACGACGAUGCGUCACGAUGUGCAGUGAACUAGUCGGACUACAUUUCGGUUGAUAUACAAUAAUAAACGAAAAGAAAAAUUACAAUAAUAUUAGGAAAAGAAAAAAAAAACACAGAAAACCAGUUCUCGCGUCACGCAUAUCGUUAUUAUACCUGCGCAUCAUAAUAUAUACGAGUAUAAUAUUAUAGUGGUUCAAAUACAAAAUUUAUAACAAUAUGCGCGACCUUUCAUUCGAUGUACUCUGUAAGGUACGGCCCCGUCAUUGUGUCUGUUACAGUGUAAAAGGAUUGGGAUUCACAACCCCUUUUUUUUUUCAAAUAACGAACCCAAAGAGAGAGAGAGAGAGAGAGUAAGAGAUAGCAUAGAGGAGUUAAAAAAUCGCGAAUAGUAGUUUUUCUCACCCGUUAUAAUAAAAUGCUAAUGACACACCGCUACUGGUUUAUUUUUUUGUGCACCCGAUUCUUCUUCGUUAUUUAUUUAUAGUUUUUUUUUUGCCGAUGAGACUGUCUCUCUAAAUAUUACCCAUAUAUAAUUAUAUGCUUAUUGAGACGGACCCACACAUACGCACACGAUGCUCGCAUUUUUAAUUUCGACUCCGCGAAAUACAUAUACGUAUAAGUAUAAUAAUAAUAAAAAAAAGAGGGUCGCUUGGGUACGGUAGUGUUAUAUAUACGUAAUAUAAUGGCUAUAUUUAUAGGUACAGAGUGAGAAAAAAAAAAGGUGAGAGCAGGGAGAAGGAUAGUCUUAACGGUCUCGAAUCGUUGACCCUAAUAAUAGUAUUAUUAUUCGUAUAAAUGAAUCACAAUAAUUUACGACCCUAUAUACUCGUAUUGUUACCUGUACGAAUGUUAUACAUCAUUUUCCCCGAAAAAGAACGAGUUAUACACAAUUGCAUACAGUUUCGGGCGUCAGUGGCAUAUUAAGAAUUUUGUCAGUAUUGGAUGGAGAUAUUGAGAUUGGAAAUUGUGUCCUGUAUUAUACGACGUGCACCUAUAGGUCAAAAAAAAUAUCAAUCUUUAAUUUUUUUUUUUGGUAUUCUUGUAUGGAUAAUUUAUAAUUCAAUCUGCUCUAAAAUUAUCGUUAAAAUCGAAUAAUUAAGUACCUAUUAUAGUAUUAGUAAUUAUUAGGGCUAUGGAGUUUGUAUGUUUUUAAAUAAUCAUUCAAAACAUAGACAUGUAAUAUAGACCUUUGUUUUAUAAUAUUAGUUAGAUGCAAUUUUUUUUUCUUCCAUAUUUUCACAUAUAAGUGCAUAUUUUGUUAGGUAUAUUUGUGUUUUAAUGCAAUUUUUCACAUAUUAUACAAUAUUUAAUAAUAUAAUAUAUUUCUUAAAAGUGAAAAAGAAAUCGAAUAAAAUAAUUAAAUAUUAUUUGAUAAUUUAUCAAAUGAUAAAAUACGACUAUGUAUGUACUAUGUGUUUUUUCCCAUUUAUUUAUAUUUCUAUGAUAGUCUAACACACACAUAUCGGUCGAAAUGGAGUACGGUGGUCAAUUUAGUUCAAAAAUAUUUAAAAAAAUUUAGUCACGCAAUGCAAUUUUUCAUUUGAAUCAUAGUGUUACGUAGAAAAGAGCUUUUUCACACAUUUCCUUCAUUUUUCAUCCGAAUUUUCUUCUGAAUUUUGUGUAAGUCUCAGAUUGAAUUUGAAAUAACAUAUCAACCAAGUUAUAAAUGUUAAGAUGGCUUGUGUAGAACGAAAUGUUUAAUACUGUUUAUCGUCCGUUGUUAUACUUUAGAUUAGAUACCAAUUUUGAUACGGAGCAUUAUAAAAUAUAAUAGAAUUAUUUCAGCGAUAAAGUUUCUAGAUAAAAAGGGUCCCUUAGGCCGUAAUUAACCUACAGUCAAAAGGUUUACCGGACCGGAAUUCACCGGUUUCGACAUAGAAAAUAACAUGCCGUGCUGUAAUUGACUUAUAACCGUGUAUACGAGUAUAGACUAUAGACAAAAUAUUUUCGAUUUUUCUGCAGAUUAAUAAAGAAAAUAAUUUCAAAAAAAUAGGUUUUGGUCAUAUAAAUAUAACAUAUAUCAAAAAAAGUCAAGAGGGGGGGGAUUGAUGGUAUAUCUCCCUAAUGUCCACUUCUUCAAUAGUACAGCGUGUUUUAGAUGUUUUUAUCAUAAGAUUCGAUAAAAGACGGGUGAAUUCAAUAUUAUCUGUAAUGUCAAAAAUUGUUUAAAAUUAUGAGCGAUGUUGAAAAGUAAACUUUUAUAUUUUAAAUUUUACGGGCGCGAAGUCGGUAUAUAAUAAAUCAGUUGCGUAAAUAUGGCGCCACACUCUCAGGAUGUAACACACGGACAUACUACUCAUACCGGAUGUUUCAUUUGCUCGCGUAAAAAUUCUCAAACGAACUGUUUUUUCUUCUUCUGAAUAAUAUUCAGACUUGUGUGUAAUAUAUGUAUAUAUUUAUGUAGGACGUGAUAUUAUGUGCCAUAUUCCGUUUUCGGAUGACGGAGGGAUGAAAUAUUUCCAUCGCCAUCGUCUCGAAACGUAAAAUAUUACGUUGUCAGAUCGUAUCUCUAGUGUCUACGUCUAUGCAUUUUGGUGACGCUUUCUUUUUUUCCUCCGAAUCGGACCGCGAAUAAAAACGCUUCUCAGUGGUGUCUUUUCGAUAUUUAGUUGUCUGGCUGAUGAGAAGGGGGCAGGCAAACUUAUCGAAAUCGCAGAUUAAGGAGAAAAAAAUAAGAAGUCGAUGGUCAAAUAGAAAAAAUCGUUAAAAAUAAUUGUCUCGAAUAUUGUAUAUAGGUUAUAAUAAUAUGUACAUCGGAUUUUCAUAUAGGCAUUAAAUAUAGUUCUUUAUUUUACUUUAAAAGUCGUGGAAAUUGUUCGGAAAAUUUAAAAUUCGACCCCGGAUUACGAGCUAUCAAGUGUUAGUAAAAACUGUGUUCCCAACAGUCACAAAAACGCCGACUUAUUAAGACACGGCUAAUGGUUAGACUGGGGAAACAACGUCUAAAUUGCAUAACCCAUUCCCUCCCCAAUGACGCCGCCAACGACACUAUAUAUACAUUAUAAAAAAAAAAUAAUAUACACUACGGCGACCAGUUAAAAAAAUCGUCUAUAAAAAUCGGGGCGACACACCCUUCCGUCGUAAAAAUAUUUCCUAAUCGAAAACACUCGCGUGCUAAUAUCGUGGGGGUUGACACUCGUCGAAAAAUCAAAAGUCGAACGCGCGCGCGCGCGCGCCCGCCCGUCGACCCCGUCGAUAAGCGGCAAACAAUUGAAAACCGUUCAACCCCCUAGAUAUAUAAGUACAAGUCUAUAAUGCAAUAUUGUAAAUAUACGCCCCGAGAAACGUGUGAUUUAUUCACGGUAAUAUCCCGCGUACCUUAUUAAUAUAAUCGCCUUAAGUAUAAAAACCAACUCGAACGACAAACUCGAUAAUUUCGAUUGUUUUUUUGUGAAUAUCGGGUCAAAGAUAAACUGCGUAUUAUAUCCGGUUAUGGCGAUGAGUAUAAGGCAAAGAUUUAUAUGCCCUAAAAACCUAGUAAAUGUGCAUAAUACAGUGACGUUCCGGUUGAUCCACGUGGGUAACGGUCGAAUUUGUCCUCGUCCCAAGUAUAGUCGUAGUGGCUAAAUUAGUAAUAUCAGGAUACGUUUUUCUUGUAAAUUGUCGUAAAAUAUAUUAUAUACCAGCUGGUUACAUUAUUGCGAGCGGUUUUUCACCUUACUCUCAAAAUAAAAAAUUUAAAUCUGGUUCCACCACUGUUAUGUUUUAUAAAUUAACAAAAUAUCUCCUUAAGAUAUGUUCAAAAAAAAAAAAAAAAAAAUAAAUAAAUAAAACUCAAAUGCUAUAAUUUAUAAGAGUUGAACGAUUUUUCCGCACAAAUUCUCGAUUCGAUUUCCAGUUAAAAAGAAAAACAUUUAUUUUAAAUAGACCUAAAAUAUACCUUAAACAUUUACGGAAUUCACUUAACGUGCGAAUAACAUAAAACAUGCAAACAUUUUGUACACCAGGACUGUUGGGAACACGGUUUUUGCUAUGAUAAAUACUACCAAUGGGUGUUUUUUUUCGACAAACCGAUAUCGCAACUAUGGUAAAUGCGUAAUUAAUGCGUAUUGUCUGCAGCCCUAGUGAUGCGGGUAGAGACACUCGGGAAAAACGGCGGGCGCAAAAAUCUCCGCGAAAAAUCGAAGUGGGUGACUCGCCGCACGCUUGUCGGCGGACGCGGCGUGCGGUACGCGUACAUCCGUACAUCGUUUCCUGAACGCGAUGCGCUUUGGUUCGGAACUUAGAUCCGUGUUCAACCACGCGGUAUUACCCAUUCCGAUCAUUUUCGUACCUCUCGAGGAGCGCGCGAAGGAGGUGCGAUUUAUCGCAUCGUGUCAUUAUCGUUAUAAUAACGAUAAUGCAAUCGUAUAAUUCGACUAGAAUCGUUUUGUCUUACGGCAUUCAAAACAAACGACUCGACGACGCGCGUACCCGGUACCAAACGGUCUUGAUUCUGUGCUAUGUAUUAACGACGGCGACCGCCGUACACCUCCUAGUAAUACUGCGCGGGCACAGACGCGUGUGUAUGAAUAUUUCGGAACUGUGUAACGGUUAUUUUCUCGUCGAUAAUACCGAAAAUAUUAUAUAACAUCCUUGCAACAACGAAAUCGUAUUGGCGGCUCGCUCGUCCUAACCAAUAUCGGUUACCUAUCUAUAUAUAUAUAUAUGUAUAUAUAUACACACUUUUAUGUAUACGCGCGUAUGUACGGAAAAGGUGUGCGCGCCGUGCGAACAAAACAAACGCGCGGAAAAAAAAAACCGUUGGGCUUAUAUUAUCUGCGCGAGUUUGUGUGUGUGUGUGUGUGUGUGUGUGGAGCGCGCGCGCGUUACGGCGGCGGCGCGUAUAAAAUUACACGGCGGAAAAAAAAAUACAUACGUAUAAUAAUAAUAAUAAUAAUAUAAAAACCAUAUAGACCUUAUAUUAUUAUUAUUAUAUGUAUGUAUAUAUAUAUAUAUGUAUGUAUGUAUAUAAUAUGUAAUACGGCGGCGGCCGUAACGGCGGCGGCGGAUACAUCGAAAACGGUGGCCAGGUGGCCCUCAGUGAAAACGAUGAUGAACAGCUGCAUAUAUAUAUAUUCGUAUGCGUGUGUGUGUGUGUGUGUGUCGCCGCUGAUGCGUCUGACAAUAAUUCAUUUCUCACACACACACACACACGCACACACGCACACACACACACACGCGCGCGCACACACACACGCUCCCGUGUUCCGUCAUUCUCCAUCACGUUCGUUCGAUCUCGUUCUAUCUCGUUCUAUCUGCCGCGGCUCUCCUCUCGGCGCGCGCGCGACCCCGCGUCACUGGUACGCUUAGGUCCAUCGUCGCGUCGUCGUCGUUAUAAUGUUAUAACUCGCGUGCGAAUAAUGCGAUUCGAAACGUUUCCCGCGGUUUUUAACCGAAAUUCGUGUAAACGGAUUUUAUAGAAAAAAAAAAAAAAACAAUACCGACAACAUCGAGUACGCAUCCACAGUAAAAUAACGACGAGCAGCAGAUGCGUAUUAUUAUCGGUAUUAUAAUAUAAACAGAUACGGGACGGACGACUCUAUAAACACACGUCUUGUGCAGUCCGCGGUCCGUUUUGGCCAACACGAUUAUAACCCAUCGACAUAUUCGUCUUGACGAGCGUCGUGCUGUGUGUAGGUACAUAGUAUACAGUCUGGGGCGGACCCGGCACAAAAAAAAACGGUGGUGGGGGGAUGAAAAUAAAGCUCGGAGUAUAUUGGCGCUAACAGUACAUUUGGGUUCUUAUCGUCCCCCCCCUCAAUUUUUUCAUCGGGUAUAUGGUAGGCAUUAGUCCGACGAACAGAUCGAUAACGGAUACAAUAAACGAUUUAAUCAAAACGAAAUCGUCGUAAUAUCGACAGUUCAAUAUUUUCUCCUCGUAUAAUUAAUAGUUUUAAACUUAUAGGUGCGUUGAUCGAGUUCAAUUGUAGAGUCCUAUCACACGGGAAACGCACAAUUCGUCUCCGGACACAGAGAGGGAUCCUGGGGAACUAGGGCCCUCCCCCAGGCAUGUUAUUUCUUCAAAUUUUUAUGAAACCUAUAAGCGAUACAGAAAAAAUUACAUUCCUCGCUUCGUUCAGCAUCUAAUAUAUAUCUAAUAUAUUAUCAAUUAAUAUUGGUUUUGUUAAAAACUUUUCAAAAGACGAUAUUUUAAAUUAUUUUGACGAUAUUAUUUUGUCCAUUAUGACUUAACUUAUUACUUAAAUUAUGAUUUAAACUUUUUUUAAAGAUUAAUUUAAACUACCUAUAUUAUAAACAAAUUACCUAUAUUUUUAUAAUGCGUUUUUUUGUGUUUCAAAAAUAUAAUCGUAUAAGUUUAGUAUUAAACAUUUUUCGUGAUAAGUGAUAAGAAAAAUGUUAGGAAAACAAUGUAUUAAGACGUAAUCUUCUAAAAACACGCUGAAAAAAAAAUUACCGGGGACGAUUUAUUGUCCUAGAUCCCCGUCAUAUUAUUCGAUCUACUCCAAAUGUAUGUGCAAAUUGGUAUACAAAAUUAGCGGAUAUCACGUCAUUUUAAAAUUAUAUUUGGAAGGCCUAUUUUCGGACGGUCUGACGACGACGACGUCUCGAAGCUGUGUCUCGCGGAAUAUUUUUCGAUUUUUCCGCGUGUUAUCGGAACGCCUGCCAUCGACAAGACGUCGCGUGGUGUGGUACCUAUGCGUGCUCUGUGUGUGUGGUUUGUUCGAAAAAGUAACACAUAACUAAUGUCUAAUACAUUAAAUGUGACGAUAUUGUCGUCGUACCACGGAAAUCGACGACGACGACGACGACGACGACGCGCGACGUACGCAUCACGAAAUGACGUCAUACCACACGGCCGGGGGAGGAAAUUAUAUAAAUACACACGAAUACAAACUCACCCACCCACUUACCCGAACUAAUGGAAAUGCUUCAACAACAAAUCCACCCAACUACCGUUUGCGAAUAUACAGGGUGUAUGUAUAUAUAUAUAUUUAUAAUAUAAGACUCGUAGGUACGCGUAUAUAAUAACAAGUACAAUACGCGUAAUGUUGCUACGUGCGUGUGUUUGAACGAGCAAAUCGAUUUUUCAAUUCCCUCCGAACGAACGUCCCGUGAGCCAGCGGCCAAACGCGGAAAUGUUAAACGGUCCGUGUACGAAAUAUUUAUAAUUUAUACUCCUGCUCUCGAGACCGUAAUCGAAACGCGCGUAUCGGCAUUUGUGCGCGGAAAAAAAAAUACAUAAAACAAAACCGGGCACGUUUCGCCACUAAUGUUGUCUUUGUGGGAAGCUGGGAAGCCGGGAUAUCACUAUAUUAGUAUACGCAUAGCCGUACAGGGCAAUUAUUAUAGGCGGUGAUUUAUAUCCGUAUAGGAAACCGUAAAUCGUCGCAAACUGUAUAAAAAAAAAAAAAAAAACGCUUCUCAGUGAAAUUCGGUUAAACAAUGAAUAAAAAACAAAACAAAAAAUUCGUAUUAAUUUGUAAAACUAAACAAAAUAAAUAACGGUAAUUAGGUAACGAAUUUCAACGUGAAUUCAAACGUGAAACGCCGAUAACAAUAAUUUUUAAACCGUUAUCGCGUGUAAAUAUCCCCGUCGUUUUCCCCGGUUUUCUCAAAAUUACCGGAAAAAUCGAUAAUGACCUCCCUACCACGCGUCGCGUGGACAAAACAAGCCCGAAAUCACCCCCGAAGUCGAUGAUCCGAGUGAGAUUUCUGGGAAAAAAGUCGCGUACAGACAGAAAAAAAAAAAAAGCACACGCCGUGAAACCGAUGCAUUAUUAUUAUUCCUCGCCGUACGCUCAGAAUGUUUUACCCGCGGCCGCUAUACAAUAGUUCAUUUCGCCGAUUGUCGACCGGUAUUGAUAUCGGUUUAUCACGACGAUAUCGUGAUAUCUAAUUUAUAUUUCAACAAUGUAAUAUAACGAUUCAUAUUUCAUUCUCCUGUACGGUAGGUACCGUAUAUUAUUUUCUCCGGUCUUCCCGAAUACUCCGCAGCACGAUAAUCACGUUCAUAUUUUUGCGCACGUCGUCAUUGGCCGCAUUGAACUUUUCAAACGGUAAAACGGGAUGGUAAUAAUUAUGGCGAUGCCAGUGUUAGGAGUUCUAGACCGCAAUCGGUUUCGUUAUUAUUAACGACGCGUUCACCCGCGGUGAUAUCCGAUUUUAAUCCGGCGCCGCAGGUAUUCCGCGAAUUCGCGCGAAAAUCGUCGGAGAGUUUUGAGCGGGAACCGAGCGUAACACGAUUAUGUGUGUGCGCGCCGCGGUUUACCUUUGACGGUCGCGUCAAAGAGAGCGGCGUCGCGGUGAUGUUGUUUACGGCCGGCGUCCCGUUUGUAAACAAUCGCCCCGCGCAAAGGUUAAAGGGUAGGAACGCCGCGCGGGACGGGUGUUUAUAUUUUCGUCCGCGCCGCCGUCGACGUGCGUAUACUAUACGGUACUGCGUGCGUGUGUAUGUAUACACACGGUACGCGUGUACAUUGAAUAUCCGCGUGUACACGGGGCGCGCGCGGGCGCAUUCGCCCGUCCGCCGAGCGUCACGCCCGACAACAACAGCCGCGCGCCCGUUUUCAAGUUCACUCGGACGGCGCGCAAACGCCGGUGGCCGGGCGAUUCGCACGUGGUACCGUCGUCGUCGUUGCCGCCGCCGCCGCCGCCGCCGUCGUCACCGAAGCCGACGCUGCCGUAUCGUAGUCGUAGCCGCCGCGCGCUGGGCGGACACCACGUGGGCGCGGCGCGAGCGUAGUCGGCGUGUGCGUGUGAAUAGCGUACGGCGUAUAAAGUAUUGAUUUUGUGCGUGUCGGCCGCCCCCCCGCGCGCGCCACACCGCCACGGCACGCCCCGCGCGUCCACCCAUCGUCCGCCCGGACUCGUGUGCGUGUGAUUCAUCGCUCCGGCGUCUCCGCUCGCCCCCCNCGCCCCUCUGCUCCCCCUCCGCCGCCGCGACCGCCAGCCGACGCGAGCGAUCAAUUUUUCUCGCCGCCGCCUCCGACGGCGAUAAUAACAUCAACGGGACAGUCCCUCCGGCCGGCGCGUAUGUACUCGCUAAAAUGUAUAAUACAUUCGCCGCCGAAUUUAAGUCCCGAAUGAAAUGACCACGUGGGUCACGGUAUUCGCACGACCCUUUUUCCUACGCACACGCCGGCCGUUUUCGUGAAUAGUUUUCUUGGCAGUCAUCGUUUCCGCAACGCAUUUCCGUGUUUACAAACAACGUCGAUGCACCAAAACGGUUUUUUUUUUUUUAGUCCUAUCGACGAACGUUAUUUAAAGAAAUAAUAUUCAUCGAUAAUUCGUUUACAGAGAAGCAACUUGGAACAACCCUUAUUUACAAAAUCGACACACGAUAUUAAACAAAUCAUUACAUCGAUUUACGCGAAUGAAAAAAAAGGAUUUGACCUUUGAAAAAAAUUAUAUAAAAUUGCUAAGCCUUAUAAUUUGUUUUUUUUAAGAAAUGUUUGAAAUUCGAAAUAUUGUACCUUAAUUAUAGAGUACCUUGUCAGAUUUUUCUAACAAGUUAAUUACACCCUCUGGAAAAUGUUUGGGUCGAUUGAUUAAACUCUAUAAAAAUCGCUGAUUACAAAAAUGAUUCCUUUUAUACAGUAGUACGGCACAAGGGUACUCUAGUAAUAUUUUUAAAAUUGAGUUUCAACCAGCACCCGUACGUUUAAAAUUAAAAUUGUAUGUAUUAGUUUUUGUGUGCGAUAUAUUUAUAGAAUAAAUCAGAAUACAGCGGACACAGACAGACAAACAAAUUCAUUUGCACUCCGUGUUGAAAUCCAAAACCAUAAUAUUAUUACGUCUUAAUAGAAAAAAAAAAAAAACAACUUUCACAUCGUCAUAAUUUACUUGACGUGAUCACGAUGACACGAUAACAUAAUACUAAAUUGAGUUCUAAUUUACGGACCCGCUUAAUUCGUUCUGUUUUUUUUUUCAUUUCGUCCUUUAAUUUACCGUUUUAUAAACAGUACCUACUAAAAAUUACACUUUGUAAAAUUGAUGUAACGUACGCGUUAAAAACCAAAAUGAAUAAAUAAAUAUAUAUAUAUGAGUAGUCCCGCACUCGAUUAUUUAAACGAUGGGACACAUUACAGUUCCGUCCGGUGUUAUUUCAUUUCCGUCCGUUUUCACGUGUAUCAAUCGUAUAUGUUGGAAGUCGUUUGACUUUGGUUUUUUUAUUAGCUGUAUGUUUUCCUAUUAUUACGAUCAUAUCGGGGACAUGAAUAUAGGUGUUAGUGCAACCUGGAUGGGGGAGGGUUAUGAAUUUCAAACGAAUUUCUGAGCGGAUUUUUAGGAUAGUAUAUUUAUACUAAAUAGAACCGAGUGCAUGACGUAUUCAAAAUUACAAGAAAAUAUCCAAAAUUGUAAUCUAAAUUAUACGACUAUAUUAUAUACUGUAUCCGUUAUUUUUUCCCGUUACUUUUAAACCUCCCACCGGAUCCAAUGAGCUCAAACUCGAAAAUCACAGUUUUUUUACGGGCUGAUUGAAGUGAUAAAUGUCGGGUUGAACUUCGCCGUAUUGCUGUGGGAUGAAGAUGUAUUUUUAGCUUCAGACUUUCCACCCAAAUGAAGCCAUGGGGACAACAUGCGUGGCGUUAAAGUACCGGCUGUACGUGCCUUUCAGGGAGUUUCAACUUUCUAACGCGAAUCCCUAGGAUUUUUGUGCUGAAAUUCUGCCGUUUUUUCGAAAAACAUGAAUUCCACAAUACAAAUUGGAUUGCGGAAAAUUAGCCACACUCUAUAAUAUACACAUUAUAGUGUACAGAGCACGCUGCCGCUCACGGGUGAUUAUUUUUUUAUUCGGGCCGGAAUCGGUAUAUCAUGCGAAAAAAAAAAUAAAACAAAAUGCCGUUAAUAUUCCGCGGAACUCGUUUGCAGCCAUCGCGUAGACCACAUUUUCAUACACCCGGACGUCAUUAAUUGAACCGAAUAACAAAAAAAAAUUAUAACCGCCGGCGUAAAACGCGGUUUGAUUGUCGACUGUACCUAAUAAUAACAAAGGCGUAUUUCGGACUUUCGUGUGAUUCGCGCGUUACGUGUACGGUGUAUUCUGCACAGAAAAAUAUAACGUCCGGUGUCGUUCAGUCGCAUGGAUCGCGGAGGCCGCCCUCCUUCGGGGAUUCCUGCACAACAUUUUCGUCGUAAACCGUUCCGGGACCGAACCGCACAUCAAAAUGUCUGUGUACGCUUUUGUGUUAUUGUUAUUAUUUUUUUGUAAUUCGGCGUGUGCGCGCGGGCGGCCACGGUGUGGGGUGGGAGACCCGGCGUAGUGUAAUCGCGCCCCGCGCGGUCGUUCCGUUCGCGGCCGCCGUCGUUUAAGCCGCCGCUGCCGCCCCUACUGCCACCCCCUCCGGGGGGUUUUACUCGCCGGGUGUAUGGUAGUGAGUCACGCGGCCUCGGAAUGAAACAAUAACAUUAUUAAAUAGGUAUACACGCGUAAUAUUUAAAUGUACAAAACGUUUUCGUAUUUCGAAUACCUGCAUAACAACUGAAUCGAAACUAUUACAUUAUGCUGCUGAACUAGACUUUAUACUAUACACUAAACGGCGGGAUUAAUCUAAAAGAAUACAAGUUCGUAAAAAGAAAAAAAAACCCAUAUUCGAUAUUCUGAGUCGGCGGCGUGCCUUAAAUUAAGGAGGGAGGCGGAAAAACGAUUUACAACUAUACAAGAAAAAGCACACUACUGUACUAUACGGUGUUUGGAGGGAGGCAAAUGAAUCCUCCCCUGGAAUCGAUAACCGUUCUAAAUGUAGCGAAGAAGCUAUGUAUUGGUAUAUAAGUUUUAAUAUUAUUUUUUUUUUUCAAGUACUUGUCUACUUGUACUGUCUUGUACAAUCGAAUAUUUCUCUCUAAAAUCCAUUUUGUACCGAAACGCGGGGUCGUCGUCUGAAAGUUAAUAUUGUUAUAACCUUGACAGUAUAACUUUUGGUUAUCGCCGAAUUGAACUUUUUACCUAAAUCAAAUGGUAGAACUGCAUUAAGGUAAAAAAAAAAAGAAUGUUUGAAAAUUCAUUCGCCGCCCAACUUACUGAGUUAAUCGCAGGCGGGGAGAGAAAAUAUUUAUUAUUAUUUUUUUUUUUUUUUUUUAAAGUUUUAAAUUUUGAUGGUUUUUUCGUUGGGACAUUUUCGUCGACCCCGUGGGUUCUUGGCCCGACCAGUGGCAGUUCGCCGCGUUACCCGUUUUUAAACCGAUAGCGCCGUUCGCAGUGUUUCGAACCCAACGGUACAUUUCGAACGAAAUAUUUAUAAUUCGAUUUUACACCCGCCGACGACGUCCAGUCCGGUGGCCGUCGCGCGAGCCGCCCGCGAACUAAUAAUUAUUACGGUCGUGUUCGCAUCAUUGUCCGCAGACACCGCGUCGCAUCGCGUAUAAUUAAUUAUAUUAUUAUUUAUUGUUAUUUCCAUUAUUAUUGUAACGAAAUAAUAUUAUACAAUAAUAACCGCGAUGUAUAUAACGAUAAUAUUAAUAUCGUAUUAUCGGGCGGCAGAUGGGCGCCAGAUGUCAAAAUUUACUCGCGCGCGCGCGCACACACACACACACACACACACACACACACACACACAUACGCGCGAACACACGUCACACGUACGCUUAUACGGUUUUAUUCGUGCGUGCGUGAACGUAUGCGUUUUACCUAUGCGCGCGAGCCGUGUACAAUCCGAUCUGGACCGAGUGCGACAUGUGCUCCGGUACAGACGACGGGCGACGAUAUUACGUGCGUAUAUAUAAUCGUACGACCUCAUAUAUAAUACGUUAACAUUGGUUCCGACGGCGGCGGCGCAGACGUUUUUUCGGCGAUGCACCGCGGUCGCGACGCGCGCGUUUCGGGGACGGGACGGGCGCGUGAAACGGUCCAAAAUUAGAUUUUUGUACGCGCGCGCGCUUUCGCGCACCCCGACGGCGACGGCGACGACGGCGGAGCCGACGACGACGACGGAGCCGAGCGACCGUCUCCCCGCGGUCGUCCAUGUCGCGGCAACAAUCGCCGCGGAGCACCGGGUCUUUUCGCGGCCGCCGGUUUACGAACCACUGACGCGGACGGUUCGCGCGUAAAACCGUCUCCCCGAGACGGUCUUUCGGACAUACGGGCCGGCCGGUGUUUGCCGGCGGAAAUCGGCGCGCCUGUCAAUCCGUCCGCGCAAUAAUAGCGCGUCGUUUUUAAUUUCUCGGAAAGUAUUUGCAUAAUACAUUAGAGUACAUUGAACGCUGUAUAAUAUUAUACGCGGCCGGCGUUUUCGCGCGGCCCGUUAUUCAUAAGCACUCGGGGUUUCGGCGGGGCGUAAAAUUAUCGUCUCCGCAGCGUUCGAAACGCGCCCCGCUCUCAUACCACUGCGGUAUUGUAAACUUUAAAUUAAAUUAAAAUAAUAAUGAUAUGCGGUGUUCUAUUAUAAUACAGUCUCCGGGAGGGGGGGGGGAACAAUGGAUAAACUCUGCGACGGAAAAAUUAAAAAAAAAAAAAUCGUAAACAACAAACUUUAUUUCGCAAAAAAAAAAAAAGAAAAUAUAAUAUCUAAUGCGUAUUUUUCCGCGGCGCGUAAACGACACGGGGUUUUUCAAAUAUUAUCCGUCGAAGUUUUGACCGUGUGUUUUUAUGUAUACGUAUAAUAGCGCGGAGUUCCCAUGCGUUCACUCUCUUGGAAUGAUAUCGCGCACUGUUCAGACGUCGAAGACCGCGCACGUACGCCGAAUUAUUAUGUUCGUGUGCGCGCGCGCGCGUGUACGUGUACGAACGGGUAUAAAAAUAAAUCGUUUUGUCCGCGCACCGAAUCGCGGAUCGUUUGAACCUCAAACACCCCGACGGAGUAAAAACAAUAAGGGCCUCGGAUAGGGCGCUAUGAGCUCCCGAUCGAACCGCGUUUAUUGUCCCGACCGUCGCAAUCGAUGUCUACGGACACCCGGACACGUGGGAGGGAGAUGGGAAAGUGGGGGGGGCGGGCGUGUGUGGGCCCGGUGACGACUUCGGCUACUGCGUCAAUCAACUCGCGCGCCGCGGGCGUGCGAUUCUUCCGCGCCAACCGAUUAACGUUGACUGCGCACCGUCAUGACGAUAUAAACGUCGUGAAUUGUUAUCGUUAUCACUUUCGCGUUAUUUUUUCGGGUCCCGGCGAAGAAUCGGGGCUCGAGAAGAUUUUCGUUACAAUUUUCGAUACAAGCAAAUGCGUAUUUCGAUAACGCCGGAAACAUAACGGGGGGAAGGGGCGGGGGAAACGUUUUACGGAAUUAUUAAAAAUAAUGCUAAAAACCUAUUUAGGUAGGUGAUCCCCUUUUCUCCGGGACCCUGGGAUGUAAUUAUUAUUACGUCGAAUUUUUCGUUUGCAUACAAAUCGUUGUUCCGCACAUAUAAUCCGCAGUUAUCACCGUCGUCCAUACCUAUUAUUUGCCUAUUAUAAUUUUUGUAUUUUUAUUAAUUUGUUAUUGUUUUUUGUUUUUUUUUAUUUGUUUCUUUUUGUUGAUUAUUUUUUUGUUUUAGUUUUUUUUUAUUAAAAUCACAUUAUCAACUAUAUUGUUUCAGCACCUCCUAUACCUGACCAACGAAUCCUAUCCUCGAGGGGAAAAUCGAAGAGGGCGCGGAAAAGGAAGUCGAGCGGUAUGUUUUGUUUUUAUUUUUUUGUUUUGUUUUUUUUUUGUUUUUCUAAAUUUUUUUUUUAUCGAUCGUCCCGCGUGACGUAUCGCGCCGGUUGUUAAGUACACCGAUAACGAUAGGCUGCCCCCCAAAAAAAAAAAAAAAAAUUAUUCUUAACGAAAAACGACGACCAUCGGACCGAGACCGAAUAAUAAUAGGUUAAUACGUAAUUUAUCGUGACGACAAGGAAAAUGUAUAUCGUCGUCGCGGUGGCUAUGGCGUGCCGCACCAUUGACGUACCGGCAUCUAGUGCACCGGACGGUAACUACGCAAAAGCUUUAUACGAAACGACGCCGAGGUUUAAAAUAUUCGGGUACGGUGUCCGCGGUUGACGGAGGACACGACGAAGGCACAAUCGAUGGGCUCGGUACACCGCGACGGCAAGUCGACUCCCGUAAUUGUCCAACAGUAGGCGGGAAAAAAAAAAAAGGCCAUCAUAUUGAUCUGAUAAUAUAUACGCGACGAUACUGCCCCGAGGAGUUCGACGUCACCGAAUCGAAAACGCGAAAUCGGAUUUUUUCGCCCGCGGGUUUAUUUGAUUUCGCCGGAAUUCCGCGACCGAUUUUUAACAACAGUGUCGAUGCGAGUUUUCGCGUUCGCGUUCGAAAUGCGUCGCCGACCGCGGUUUUCUAGGUCGGGGACGACUAACCGCGGCGGCGGCGGCGUUGCAAGGCUUUCGGGGUUAAGGUCGAGCUACGGUGCGCUGGCGCGGUGCGGGGCGGGCGCGGGGCGGGCCUGCCGCAAAAGCCCGCGGGUUUCCUGGGGGGUCCCCUGCACGCUCGUCCGCGUAAACGCAAACGGGGUUAUUAGGCAAAAGUCCUCUUCUCCGUUUCUAUACAUGCGACGACGGCGGCGGCGGGGCCGUGCAGGCGGCGGGUGUUAAAAGGGCGCACUUUGUUGUCGUCGCGCCGUUUUCAAUGGGGACGCGACGCGGAAAAACCCGCGACGCGGCGGCGGGUCGGUCCCGCCGCCGUGGGGUAGGACAGUGACGGCUCGAAAACGCGCAGGGGUGUCUGUCUCGUCGCGGUUUAUUAUUUGACGCGCCGCGCCGCCGCCGCCGCCGCCGCGGCACCGCAGGUAACCGCCGUCGCCCACGCUCGGUGCAGUAUAGCAGGUACGUUAUCGCAAUACGAACUCUCAAUUUGCUCGUGUGAUCGCCCGCCGCGGACGUGAUUGCUGGGGGGAAACGCAACGGCGGACGCCCUGUAGGUCGCACCGCGGACUACUCCCAACACCUUUACAGCCAUAGCCCCCGGGGGGAAGGGUAGGGGGAGGGGGAAAAUAAACGUGUCGCGCGCGCCCAGAAAUCUAGUGUCGGUUCUGCGCACGGCGGUGUUAAUUUAAUACACAAAUGUGCGUUGGUUUUCAGCUGGGGUAGGAGCUCGGCGUCGAUUUCGCAUUGAGCUGUAGUCGAAACAAUUACCGUUGGCCGCCGCAGCAAGACGCAUAGUGAUUGGUGGUUCAUUUGACGUUCGCUGUAAUGAAUUUUAGGACGGGCACAGUUUGUAUCCUAUUUUAGUCGCGAAAUAAUGCAAAACCGAGGGCGGUGUUAACGCCGUUAAAUGGAAUUUCGAAAAAAAAUAAAAUAAAAAUAUCCCGCAAAGUUUCUAAUCAUUCCCCCGGUGGGGCUACCUAACGGGUAUCCUGCCUAACGCCCAAUCCCUUUGGACUGCCUCCUAAUUUAUCGUUGUGCGUUCGUUUGAAUGAGUAUUUAACCGCGUUAAUACUCUAACACACAGUAUACGAUAUUUGUUUGUUCGUACGCUAUGCGCUAAUUGCAUAAUUAAUGAUAAAAUAAUGCAUUUACAUUUAUUCACUUGAAAUACACACAAAUAUAAUAUUAUCACUUGUAUACGUACCUCCUAUGGACACGGUAUCCACAAUAUGACUUAGUCCAAAGUAUCUCGGUAAACGUAUCGUUUCCUAGUAAGACGUAAUUAUGCAUCCGUCAGUUGUGUUAGUAGAACUCAUUUUUGGUGGAGAAUUUUCAAUAUCAUUUUCACCAUAAUCAAACGUUUCCAAUCGACUAUUUAAAAUCUCGAGAGAUGCGUAGCAUUUUAAAUCAAUCAGAUAAUAAUUUUCCAUCGGAAUUACAAUAGUUUAUGUGAAACUGGCGUCAGAUCUCGACGUCACUUUGCGUAGGAAAUCAACGUAAAUUAACACCGCGGACAGAAUAAAACUUCACAGUAAACGCGCGAAUAUUGAACGCGCAUUGUAGACACGCGAUAAUACAACACAAACGUAAUAUUAUCUUUUUUUUUUUUUUUUUCUAAUUAAGCAUUUACAGGCUUCAACUGCUAAAGUUAUCAGUCAAUAAAAUGUAUUCGAUUAUUGAUUAAUUCGGGGAAAAUGUCGUUGUUUAUACAUUUUUUACUUAUGUGUUUUGUCCAGCGAGAGAACGCGGCGCGAUCCGUGCGCGAAACACACGGCGGUCGACAAAUAUUUGUCGACCCUAACAGUUCAUGCGUUUAAUUAAACAAUAUGUUGAUGUUUUUUUUUUUUCUCUAUAAACUAGUGAAUAAUGUAGCGCUCAACUGCUCAACGUCUAUUCGGAGUUCAAAUAACACGAAUACUUAAUGCUGUUUUGAGUAAAGGUCUAGUAUUAAAUCAUGUGCAUUUCAUUUUACACACGCUGCUGUCAUUUCAACACUCCGAAGCGCAUUGUUUACUAUUUAGCUGGUUGACGAACUCAGUCAAAUGUUAAAUCGACCGCAUAAUUCUAACUGUGCAUAAACAGAUAAAACGAUAAUUAGACGCUAUCAUUGUUGAGAUGCGCGCGAGUUACACGAUUCGAUAAUAAUCGUAUUGUGGAACAAUGCGUUUCGGCGUGUCUACAACCAGCGGCGCCGCGGAGUAUCAUUUCACUUCGGACCGUCGAUUUAAUUCCCUGUGCACCCCGAAAUCCACAAACCGGGGAUCGAAAUAAAGCUUUAUCCGGGGGUCUUUAAUGAAAUUUAUCACAUUAACCCGCGGUCCGAAAUUCUUUUAGUUCUCUCGGAAAACCAUAAUCGUUUUCGUUAUAUUUCUGAAUACGCCGGCACACACGACCCGCCAACCCGUUUUGUUUGUUCGCGAAUCACGUCAUCCGAGUAUACGUUCGCGCCGCCAUUGUCUACAACCGCCGACCAGGUUACGACCGCAUAUGGUUCGUGUAACGAUAGCCGUUAAACACUGUAAGUCCCUUGUCACUAUAUUACCAUCGCGUAUUGUAUUUGUUUAACGAAACCAAUAUUAAGUCAUAACCCAUGAUCCGUAUUAUAUCCGUAUCCUGGAUCGUCCGGUGCGCGGAUAUUCGAGGGCGCUUUUCCCGGCAAAAAUAUUCAGACAAUCGCCCGUACACGCGUCUUUACUGCGCGAACGUCGGAACUCCGCGUGCGUACGCCACACGGUUACCACGCGCCACCGUUUACGCUUUUGUCACGGCUGACGCGUGGGACGACGGGGUGUGUUGACAACCGCAUCACGCGCGUCACGUCACCAGUCGAGCGCGGAUUUCGCACGCUUUGCCGAAAUGAUGUUGCAAUAUAUUACGAUUUUAUUUUAAUUUCGAUUCCGAGCGUUCUAUUAUAAUAUGAUUUUGCUAUGAUUUUUUUUUUUUUUUUUUUUUUUAUCGUGCGAUAGGCGGUUUCGGGUAAAGCGAUUUUUCUUUAAUAUUUUCUUGUACAGCGUUCUUAACAGUACGGGAAAUUCGGUAAUAUUUACGCAAUAACGUAGGUUUGGAUAGAUUUUUCCGAUUUUGAGCGCAGCAAGGAAUUUCUCUACAAUGUGCGGGUUUUUUUUUUUUAAAUUGUUUCUGUCUGUGUACAAUAUUUCUACCAGAAAGCACGGUCCGAUUUACUAGUGUAUAAAAUGAGAAUAGCAUCUUUCCCGAAACCAAAUUUUAUCUAGUAUCUGUAUUGAUAAGGCCCUUUUUCCCUGGUAUUUUUAUUAAAUAAUUGGGUAACAACGCACGAAUAACGCAUACGAUUACGAAUUUACAUCAAAAAAAAGAUUUUAUUAUUUUUGAUUUUCGUUUUUUAUUGUAAAUAAAGUUGUUAAAAAUAAUCAUUUAAGUAGUUUUUCUUAUUAUAGACGUGGUAAAGUUUUCAAAACAUUCCGAGAACUGUUUAGCUAUUUUUAAACAUUUGGCAUUUUCAAGUUUUUUUUUUUUUUUUUACAUUUUAUUUGAUUUUAAUUGCCGAUAUGUUUGCCGAAAUUCGAGCAGUAGUUGAGUGGUUGGUUUUUUCGUAAGCGUUUAAAGUUCAUGUUUUGGCGAAAAUCGAAAAAAUCACGGCACAUAUCAUAACAUGUUCAACCGAAUAAGAGUUAUUGACGAUUUGCCGUUGCGUACAGAUAACUUUGUGUAUCCUUUGUACCGUCCCAACUUCCCGAACCUGUCACCUCGUAUCAGCGUUGUUAUCCAAUAAAAAAACAAUGGCAAUGACUUGAAACAUCAGGCGUGUUUUCGCGAAACGACCCGCAGCGACCGGGCACCAAAGUUUUGCUAACAGUGUAAAUAAGUGUUCGCUAUGUUUGCCAGUUAAACAUCAUCGAUUGUAACAUACACGGGUACCCACGUACGUCUGACGAACGUAAAUCAUACAUAUUCGUGUAACAUAUGAUUCGUCAUAACAUUCGUACAAUCAACAUAAAUUUACCGGCGAACAAGCUGAGCAACCUGGUUGCUUUCGGCCGCCUUCGCGAAAGCGCCCCUAUUCGUUCUGACUCAUUUUAUUUCUUAUUAAUUUUUCACGUUACUCUAAUGCACGCCGUCUGUUUACCGUUAUUUUAAUUUCAUUAUAUUCUCGUGGGCUAUCGUCUAUACACAUAAAUACGUACAAAUAUUAUUACUAGCGCGUGUUUGUACUAUAACACGUACGUUUAUGGGGUGUGUGAAAACUGUAUAUUCACCCUCGCCCCCACCCCCGCCCCCUAGAUAUUCGAUUGCCCCGGACGGUAAUUACGCGAGCUCGAAACUCUAUUACCGCGGCGGUGGCGUGGUGAGCGGUGUCUUCUCCCCCCUCUUCCAAAAAAAACUAAUCACUCGUUUUGUACGACAACGUAAUUAAAUAAUUCGGCGGCGUGUGUAAAAUUGUACGGGGGGGAGGGGGAAGAGAGGAAAGAAAAAAAAAAGGUGUGACGCAGUGUUUCGGGGGUUCCGGAGGGUUUGCGUGAACCGUGGAUUUUAUUAUAAUAUUAUUAUAUUAUAUUUUUCCCGUGAUAAAUGCUUUGCGAUUAGCGCUACCCCUCUGGCGGCGUCGGUGCCGGAACUACUAUUUUUUAUACGUUUAUACGAGGAAACCAAUUCCGCCCCCCCCCCACGCUUCAGAUCGAUCGUUCUCCCGAUUAUAAUCCGAUUGGCCACACUGAACCGUACGAGCACAUUAAUAUAACGGUCGAAAUUUCACUCACGAACGUUCAAUAAUAGCUGCCCCUUAUUUUCGUUCGGUAUAGGCAACUCUACGUACGUGACAGUACGCGUGGUUGUAUCGGGAGUCGUAUUAAGGAUGGACAUGUCAAUAAUACACAUUUCGUGCCAACAACGGUAAUUUGUUUUUUAUUUUUUUUUUGCAACUGUAAUUCAAUUUUUUCAACUGAUUUUUCCCAUAUUUUUUCGCGUUUACGUGUACGAAAAAUUGAAUACACGAAACGUAUUGAUAUAGUAAUAUUCACGUGGUGGUAUUGUGAAAAAAUUAAUAUUUUAAUAAAUAUUGUGCCCAACUGUGUCCGUUAUAGAUAUUAAUUUUGUUUUUUUCAACGCUUUUUUUUUUUAAAUUUACGUUAAUUUCAUCCGUACCGGGAUUCGAAAUUUUUACCAUCGACUAUAAUAGACUAAUAGAGAGAUAAUAUAGACAAGGUACGAUAGCUGCGUAAUAAUUAUUGUUAUUUUUGUGGCCGUUGUAUAAUUUAUGUUACGGUCGCAUGCGUUAAAAUUUAGCGACUGCUAAGUCCAAUCAAUUAAAUCACGGUGUUUACGUUAUAAGUCGACACGAAAACCCACGAAAUAUUGAAUUUGCACUUAAUAGAUCGAAUUUCGCGUUUUUCGUUUUAAUAGUGUGAUUUGACUUAUUGUCAAACUCAACGGUAAGGACACGUGUUUUAAUGUUUGCGCGUCGGGUUUUUUCUAAUGUUUUAAUUUUUAAGCGAGAUAUAAGCGUUUUCAAAUUGUGAUACUUCACUAAAAUUACCACCGCGAUUGGCUACGGCACAAAAUGAUUAUAAACUUCGACUAACCGUCGGCGCCUCGUAAUAGUUUUCGCGCGCAUUGUUCAAUGUCCGUUUUGUUACGUCAUAAUACACGUCGCAAUGUAUACAAAUUAUUAUUUACCCGGAGCUUGUUUCUGAAAAGUCAUAUGUAUUUCAAAGGUAUUGUCCGCUCAAUAAAUGCCGGCAUUUCAGAUGAUAUUUCGUUGAGAUUAUAUCGGUGUCCGGGGGAGGGUUCCAAACUACCCGGAUCACGUAAAUCCACCGCCGCUCGUUUCGAGAUAAAACGAUUUGUCGGCGUACAAUGUCGCCGUGUCCAAAAACGCUCACUCGAUAAUAUCGCGCGUUGUGUGCCAUCCAGUGGCGUUCUCAGGAAGGAAGGAGGGAGGAGGGGGUGGGUGAUGUGGGUAAUAUAUCGGCCUCCGAAGAUGUCUAGAAUCCAGACGUUUUUUUUAAAUUUUUUUUUUUCCGUCUGUUUCGCAAUAAAUUGUUAAGCACAACGCGUAGGCAAUGAGAAAUAUAAGGCGCGAAACGUACCACAUUAUCAAUAAUUGUUAUCGAGUUUAUCGUUAAUGUUAAAUGUUAAUCGGACCGUUCGAUAUGGUAUACGUGAUUUUUUCUUGAUAUUUUCAACAAAUAUCCGUAUCACUUCCCAAAAGAAACGCCCAUAGUCACGCCAAUGGGUACGUGCACUGCAGGUACAUCCGGUAAUUUCAUACAAUGUUCGGAACGUAACACUUUUCGUUUGGAUAUGAUAUAAUCGUUCGGCAUGCGUAUGCCAUCCAGUAGGGCUUCGAUAUAAUAUAUUUUUCGACGAAGCUAAUAAAAUACCGCGUGACAGGAUGUCAUUUCACGACUCGUCGAUCGCGCGACACUGCACCAUUAUCGUCACCGGCACUGCUGCACGAAAACGGCACGUAAAUUUUCGUCGGCGGCGUCUUCGGGUUUUCUCUUGUAAUGAAAAACAACGUUUCGGUGGGUUUUUUUUUUUAUUUUUUUUAUAAUUUUUAACAAUUGAUUAUAACGCUUAGUCGAUUGGCAACGCGCGUGUACAGUCCGAAAAUCUGAGUUUCAACAAUGUUUGAAACGGAAUAUUAUAGCACCGACAAAUGAUUUUCAUAUAUUAUUGAGUAAGGGAAACUUAAGGGGGAAAACUACGAACUGCGCUCAACUCGUUUUAACAUAAUUUUAUGAUAUUUGAUGUAAGAUUUUGUUUUGUUUUUUUUUUUCUUCUCGAUAAACGGUAUUAUUUUUUUAGUUAGUUUGGGAUUAUAUUGCACUUCUUAUAAACAAUAGAUAAUGAAAUCGUGUAAAACAUAAAUUAAAAAGUGUAAACAUUAAUUUAUCACAUCCUUUCCCCAUCCUCGGGUUACAUUGAAACAACGUAAAAUAAUUUACAAAUAAAAAUUUGACUAUAAGAAAACAAAAAUGCAAAAUGAAAAACAAAAACGUACACUUCUAAGACUAUAUUUUAUAUUAGUUUAUAAUAUAUUGUUUUUGUAUUAUUGGUAGCGACUUUUUAGCAUAAUCGGUUUGGUUGAAAAUUAAACAUUAACAUUAAAUUCAAACGAAUUGCAUUGUUAACAUAUUAAACGUUGUAAAGUAUAUUGUUAUACAUCUCAUGUCCCACGAUGUGCGUAAGUUUUCGAAAAUAUUUUACACAUUUUUGCAUUGCGUCUCUUGUAAUUUAGUUUUACCCGAUAUUCGAAGACAAUAUAAACAGUAGGUAUAUUUAAAUUUAAAUUUCAGUAAAUUUAUAAUCCCGUUUUGUUUCGACUGAAUUGAUUCGUGUUGGUAAAAUAUCAUAUUAUUAUUUCUAUUAUAAUAUAGAAAGGACUAUUCGUUUACAAACGAUAAAAUUAAAUUAAUAAAACGAUGAAAUGUACAACAUGUACAAUUUUACACGAGGUACAUUGUAAGUUGUACUUGGUGGUAAAAAAAAGUUUAGUGUAACGUAGGUAGUAGUUUUUUUUUUUUUUUAUAUUAUAAGCGUUUUAAUUAAAACUUUUGACAAAAAUCAAAAAUUACGUUUUUUUCAAAACACGUAUAAUAUUUAUACAACCGGACUUCGCUCAGUAUCGUAUUUCGUUAGCAAUGAUUUAUCGUUCCCUACGGAUGUAAAUUUAACUCUAUGCAUUCUACCUUCCCGACUUCCCGUACUAGCAACAGCGGCACACACCCGUCAGCAGUAUAAGAUCUUAUUUUUUAAAUUCGAAUGUCACGUGAAUUAUAGCGAGUUAAAAUCUAAAGGCCUGCUUGAUGCCUUGUUCGGUUCGUUGAACUGGGAAAUUCAAAACACUACCUACCUCGCCCGCGAGUUAUAUAUUAUCAUGGUAAAUAUCAUCAAUGUUCAAAGUUAAUGCGAAUAAUAUUUUUUGAGAAAACCCGAGCACGAAAUUAAAAUUUUAAUGUCAUUAAAAAAAAAAAAAAACACAUUUAUUUUUAUUUAAAUUGAAGUGAGAAUUUCGAGAUUUUUUUUAAUUUUGCGACGAUAAUUGGAGUUGCUCAACGGUCCUGAUAGUAUUUUUAAUGUUUACAUAUUUAAUCCCAUCGCGAUUAAUAUAUAUACUUAAUAUCCGACGCUGAUGAUGGGUUUACUCGUCCCUGUCGGUAUAUUUAGUGGGCUUUUAUAAAGACUCGUCAAAUUAAAAUGUGAUUAUAGUCUGGCUAUACAUUUAACUUGUAUUUUAAUGUUUUACAAUUAGAAUUUAGGAAAAUAAUUUAAGAGGAUUGUUGACGGUUUUCAAAAUUUUGAAACAUUUUAAUGACUACCUAUACCGGUUCGUUACAAAUCUUUUCCACUACUCUAAUGUCCAGUACCGGCCAUUUAACGGAACGGGUACAUCCGAUUUUUCCGGAGUCGGUAAUUUGCGUCCCCCCCCCCAAAAAAAAGGAUCAUAACCAUAUAAUAGCUACUAUGUAAAUUGCGUCCAGGGUGUAUUGUAUACAUACGUAAAUUGCGACCUGGGUAUAUUUUAUGCAUCCGUAAAUUACGGUCCGGGCAUAUUUUGUAUAAUAUUGUAUUCCUAAAUUGUUUUAUUCAUUCGUAAAUUGCGUCCAAGGUUUAAUCAAUAUUUUCCUUCCCGUUUUUCAGACAUAGUACUGCAGGCAACACAAUUGUAUUAGUAUUUUAGAAAUUUGUGACGACGAAAUUUGAAUGUAUCAACUAUACUUACAACGUUUUAUUCCUUUUGCUCUCCAUAACGUGAAUUUGUAUUGAAUUGAAAAAAAUACAUUGUCUUACGAAUUUCUUAAUUGUAAACAAAAAUCAGCAAAACCAAUGCGUUUAACCAUAUCAAUAUUAAUACAAUUACAUUGCCAGUUCUAUGUCUAAAAAACGGGAGGGAAAAUAUUGUUUUCGAAAAAAAAAUCAAAGCAGUCUUUCAAAUUAUCUCCAAUAUUGCAAAACUUGAUAACUGUUUUUUACCGCCUUAACGAUGAUACUUUUCCACUAGUUCACUGCUCGACACCGGUUUAUUUAAGGAGAAGCAAUCAAAUUACAAAAUAACGAAACCGUUCGUACAGCCGUACCGUAAACUUCCUCAAUCUCUCCCCCCCCCACGGGUUUUCCCAUUUAUUACGGAAAAACUGCUCGAUCGAUUAGAAAACGACCUUCGCAAUCCAAAGGUCCAAAAUGCUACACGCCGCCUCGUCAUUUUUUAACCGGGGCAAUAUGUCUCGUAGAAAAGUCGUUUACGAACCGGGGGAAGAAAAAAACGCGCGCGGUAGUAAAAACGAACGUGUUCCCCGCCGCGCCGCUCAGAGUUUAAAAACAAAAAAAAAAAAAAACGAAAAAAUGGUAUUCGAUGUUCCGACGGACGGAUAAUAAUAUUGUGGACAUGAUAAUUAUCGUACCUAUUGGAUUCGUAACGCGGAGGGGACCGCGAGGUGACGGUGAGCGCGUGCGCGAGCGUGUGUGGGAGCACGCGUAUUAUUAGUCGUUUGUUUGCGUUAAUGUUAUUCGGUGCGCAAUGUAUACAGAGCGCUUGGAAAUGAGUCGGAUGGAAUGUUUCGAUAAAAAAAAAACACUCGCGUCUCUCCUAUAAUGACGUAACGCGCUUGCAGUCGUAGCGCGGUGUAUUAUCGUACCGCGUUCGUGUUGAUUAUUUCCUAGGCCCGUUUCGUGGUGAAGUCGUCGGUGUGACGGGCGGGGGGAACGCAAUGAGAACGAAUUCGUCUUGAAAAAAAAAAAGUUCGUUGCCGGCGGCGGCGACGACGUUACGGUUACACCGAGGGGGGGGGNGGGGGGGGGGGAGACGCGUUAAUAAUCGUUUCACACGCGUGCAGACGUGACCCAGAUCGCCGCUGCCGUAAUCCGGUGGCGGGCAGUGUAAUAAUAUUACAGGAGGACGCCGAGGCUUUGAAAAACAAACCCGAACAAAAUAAAAACGCUCGUAGGUCGGGAAAUCUCGCCGCGGUUUCCGCGGUCGGUCGCGACCGCGGAUUUUCGCGGCUUUCCCGCGGAUUUCCCUCGUCGGUUUACCGCGGGAAACGGAAAACCUCGGCGCUCGCCCCAUAUUUACUGUGCGCCGCCGCGGCCACACUGCGCGGCGCGCGCCAGACGGCGGCGCGCGGCUCAGCGGUGGCCUCGACGUCGAGCGUGCGCGCGUGCGGCCGCGUUCGUCGUACGGCUGGAAGGGCUGGAACGGUGACGGCCGCGGCGGAGCCGGGGAAACGUUUCCUGAUACUACAAACCGUACACACGCAAGUGUAUACAGUCAGAACUCCGUUGACGUCGACCGUGCUUGUGCAUUCCGUCGCCGUCGCCGCCGCCGCCGCCGCCGCCGCCGCGUUACCGAAAAAUAUUAUCGUAAAAAUUGUACGUUGACGGGGCACCCGUUGCCGAUUGACGGGAAACCAUCGACGCGUGCACAGACGACGAAAAUAAUUUAACACAAUGUAUCGGUAGUUUUCGCGGGAACACGGUGCGAAACAACGACGACGGCUGUAAAUCAAUAACGCGUAACGAUAAUAUUAUUAUGAUUCCUGCGGGACGACUGCGUUUCGUUUUAACCGCUACGACGACGACGACGGGUCCGCUACGAGACCGCCGCAGGAGGCGGACGCGCGCCGCCGUCGGAGCUCGCCAGUGAUUUUCCCGUCGAGCCACCGGCCAGUUUUCCGGGUACCUAUAAACUGUUUGGUAGGUACCUAUUUAUCCGGCGUGACGAUAUUUUAAACCAACCACUGUGCUAACGGUGUCGAACCGCGUGCAAUAUUCGUGUGGGUACGCCGUCGACGUUUUCGGACACAAACGUCCCGUGGGAAACGCUCGAAAGCGCCCAGGUACUUGUUAUAAAACGAUGACGCACUGUCGGCACGGCGCGCGCACAACCCCGACGGAGUAGCCGGUUUCGGGGGUUUCGGGGGUGUCGUAGCCCCCCGACCGCCUAUUGCUUGUUGUAGCUAUAGCCGGUCGAGAACGUCGCGGACCCCUUCUGUCUAAUUUUCUAGGCUAAUUUUCGUUAAACGAACCGUCCGGCGGGACAUUUGUCGCGGCGUUUCCUCGGCGUUCUUGCGCGCGCGAAUUUUCCGAAACCGACCGUCCAACGUCGUUCCCCGUUUCUCGCCCGUUACCGCUGUUGUUGUUCGGGCAUUCCGUGCCCCCCCCCCCAUCUCCCUCCCCGGCGCACGUUUCGGCGCUCGUGCGCGACCGUGAUGUAAAAAAAAAAAAAAACUAUACACGAAACGUCAGACGAAAACAAUAAUAACGGCCCAUCGACCGCGUUCGGCCCCGAGGUCAUAUUCUCGUUUUUCUUCCCCUCUACCGCCACCCGUCAUUCCCCGGCCCGUACGGUGCGUGAUAUUAUCGGGUUUUUUUUUUUUUUUUCCUAUUCCUUUUCUCCGUUCACGCUCGGACUACGCGCGCGUACGCCUGUGCCAUUUUACGGCCAUUCGGUGGGAAAUUGUUGUUGUCGUAUUGCCGUCGUCCCGGCGACUGCCCGUAGCUCCCGCCGCGCGAAUUCGGACCGGGCGCGCGAACGUGCGGGUCCCGCCAUUUGGCACGCGCGUUGUUUUGACCCGUACGUAAUUAUUGGUAACUUGUGAAAAAAACGCGCGCUCGCGCGCACACACGCACUAAAACAACGGCGGACCUACACGCGAAUCCCGGAAUGAAAGUCCCCGGGGCGGUAAACGAACCGACGAAAUACCGAAUCCCUGACGCGGUUUGCGUCGUCGUUCCGGUACGUAUUCAAAAACCUCUCGUCUCGUCGACGCAUUUUCCUCGUGACUAACACGACGUCCGUCAACCGAUUUCAACGGACAGCGAAACAGUUUUUUCAAACGUCAAGUACGAGCACGAGCCGCAGACAAAAUACCGUCGCUCGCGACUUUACUCCGUUACGGUUAGGUGAAUUUUCGCGGCGAUUUGAGAAUUUUACGGAGCACCAAACCACCAGUUCUGUUCAACGUGGUAAUAUAACACGCUGGACGGUUGUGGUGUUAUUAUGGUGUAACUAUAACGCGUAUACGUAACUGAAGUCAGCUUUCUCCACCUCACCUUUAAAUUACUUACUCGAGUCGGACAAAUGGAAAGUAUUUAACAUUUAAGCGGGGCCUAAUAUCGACAGGUGAAUAAAAAAAAAAAAAAAAAAUAAAUAAAUAAAAUAAUAUGGAUUGAGGAUUUUCGUGCCUUGGCAGGAAUUUUCAACGCAGAAACGGUUGAACGUUGUAUAUGGAAAUUAUAUACGCGUCUUAAUUUGAAUUAGGUACACGGAGAUUUUUUUUUAUUCCCGGGGUUAUUUCGCAGAGCAUAUAAUCGCGUGUACAGAAUAUCCUACAGUGUUAUCCUUAUGCUAAUAGUUUUUGAACAAUUUUGUCAAUAUUAUUAUUAUUAUUAUUUAUUUUUUUUUUCAUCUCUUAAUUAUUGAAAAAAAACAACAUUCGUUUAUUCGUUACUUUUCAAAACGUUCAAAAUAUCCAUUUUGUAAAAGACAUUGCUCUGAACAUUUAAUUUUAACGUGCAUUCAUAUCCAACCAGUGACCGAUACCAGCAAUAGCCGUUUGAUUUCUAGAAAAUUGGCGUUAAAACAAUUAAUUUCCAAUCGAAUAACACGUUGCGAGAUAAGGAAUUACGAUCGGCACGGCAAUUGCUUAUCUUCUAUUGAACAUAUUUAAUCGGUUUCACACCUAUUUUCUAUAAAUUAAGGCCACCAGGUACAACUUAGUAAGGAUCUAUUAUUCGGAUAUGCCGUUUUUUUUUUUUUUCGAUGAGCUAUUUAUGGGCAUUUUGUAGUUGCGAGUUUUUAUACGUAGUUUUUUUUUUUCCGGUAGGUAGUAGGUACUACGUAGAUAAAAUAGGGUGAAAUUGUUUGACCAAACAGAAAUGCUUGAAAAUUUAAUCGGUGGUUCAUUAUGUGCUGUACUUAAUUGUUAAAAAAAAAAAAAAAAAAGUAGUAGUUUUUUUUUACACAAGAGUUUUGUAUUCAAAAUUCGACUAAAAUCGUAAAAAUUACGGCGUUUCAAAAACUGUAGGGACAACCUAGGCAGUCAUCUCGAGACGUAAAAUUUUUCCGGGGGGGGGGCUUACACGUGUGAUAUGGGCGAUGGUGUAUUGUCGAGUAUUCGGCAGACAAACCACGGUAACCGGUAAAUCGAAAUUCACGUGCACGUCAAGAGCGGGCCUAUAAUGUUGUUCAAAAACGUACAAAUUUAUACUUACGCGAGGCAUAAAUUUCAAUUUACUCAGUGUAAAAUCAAAACGAAAUUGUUCGUGCGGUAAUGUGCGAUUAGGCGCAUCUUUUCCAAAAUGAAAAACGAAAUAAACAACUAAAUUAAAUCAAAAUUUUUUAUUUGAUAAAUUAACGAAGUUUUUUUCUAACAUUCUGUUGGUUUUUUGUUUUGUAAAAAAUUAUGUUAGUUACUGCCCAAAAAUGAUUGUUUUUUUUUUUUAUCAUUAGUAAGUUUUCAGCGAGUUAAUAUAAUUUAUUAUUGUAGCAAUAUUGAUUUUUUUUUUUUUUCAAUACGUUAACACGACCAAUGUCUCCUCCCCCCCCCAACCCAUUGCCUCAUUACUCCCCAGGGUCCCCUGGACCCUGUUAGCCUCCUUUCCACCGGUUCACUCCGGUGCCUAUCACAGGUUGUGACGUGUACACCGUUGUACGGCGGAUUUUCUCUGUCCGUUUCUUUAUCGCGCGGUAUUUGGGCGCAUAGUUUUUGUUUUUUAACGUUUUGUUUUUUUCGAUUUUUGUUUUUUUAAUGAAUAUUUAACGUAACAUGGACUCGUGUGUGAUAAAUCGGUCUUGUCGCUCUUAUCGAACGCCGUCAACGUUUAUUACAUAGGUACUUAAUGUAUAUAUAUAUGUGUGUGUGCGUGUGUGCAUAUGAUAUUAUGUAUUACUCCUCGAUCGCACCGAAAAGAGAUUACAGGCAAUCGAAUACAAUUUCUACCGGUUGUCUGUCCUUCGGUUCACCGCGUUAUAAUAAUUAUUAUCUGAAGAAUUUCGAACAACGCGCGGACAAACAGAUUACGUACAAUGCAGGCCUAAGUGCGUUAUCGUGACUGUUUCGUCAACGAUACGAUACGCAAUGAUUGUACGGUAUUGAUGACAAAUGUUAUGGCUGGAAUAUAGUCCGCGUUGUACCGCAGUUUGGUCUUGUUAUUUAUUGUAUUAUUUCCGGAUUAGCGUACGUUAUCAUUAAUAUUGUAUCGGUAACCAGCGUUCGGGACAGCUUGUAACACAAAAAAAAAAAAAAACUAGUAAAAAAAGAAGCACUUUCGAAAUGCCAUAGGUGGUUUGACUGAUGUUCCGUUUUUAGUUUUUUUGAAAUCAUUAUACUCAUUGUGAUCACAGUACAAUAUUUGACGGUAUAAUUGAUUUAUAUUAUAUACGUAAAUAGUGAUUUUUAAGGUCAAAUGCGAAAAUAAAAAUCAAACAACCGAAUUCUAAGUAAAUCCCUGUCCAAUGUCAGUAGACUAUCACAAAUCGGUUUACCGAAAAUUAACUCGUCAAAAUAUCAUUAAUGGCUAACGAGUAUUAAACAACACCUGCGGUAAUUAUCGCUCGUAAGAUGUUUACCGAAUCCGGCGAAAAGUUUGCUGACAAGUGUGUUCGUGUAUAGAAAACUUCAGCCUGGAUUGACAGAUGUAUGGGUCCUUGGGCGAAACUUAAAAAAAAAAAAAAAAAAAUAUUGUUUUUAAAAAUUGACAAAAGAAAAAUAUUAACAAAAUAUAGAGGUAAAAUAACAAAUUCCAAAAGCCACAAGUACUAUAAAAACCAAUAAAAAUAUCGAAAAAAAAAAAAAUACAAAAUAAACGAUAAAACGCGGUAAUAAAGAACGCAAUGUGUAAAUAUAGCCGAAAAUAUACUGUAGCGAAAACUGAGGCCUUUGGAGUUCGAUGUCCCCCGUCCGGGGGAAUGAGCGAACUGCAGCCGCGUUUCAACGACCCCGCGCCAAAACACAUUAUCAAACAUUUUGACAUUAUCAAACCGGCCGGCUAUGCGAAUACAUCGACGAAAUCGAAAACGCAUUUCAAUAUCGGACUAUUCGCGGUGCAAGCGUUACGCCGCGUACGACGAUAUUGUCUAGUUGACUUUUCGCCGACCGGCGCGCGCCGUCGGCGCGGAUAGACGGUAAAGUGACGUUUUGUCCGCGAAACUGGCGUAGCCUCGGGUUGUUCGGGACAGAUCACCGCCGCGCGAAAACAAUGCCCUCCCCUACAUCCCCGAACCGCGCUCCACCCGUCGCCCCGGCGUAACAAGUGCGUUUUCCCGCGUAACGUGUCUUUACGUACUUGUGUUUGCGUAUUGCGUAUAUUCGUCUGCAAUCGGAAAACCGUUGCGGAAGGUCGCGGUAUUAUAAUAAUAAUAUUAUUGUACACACGUGUGUGUAGCCGCUGCGCGCUGCAGUGCGUGUACACCGCAGCGCGUCCGAUUCACAAUCGAUUCCCUGUGCUCUUGUUCCGUGCCGUGGCCAGUAUAUCCCCCCCCCUCCCCUACCCCACCCCACCCCGCCACGAUUGCAGAAGAGCGAAAACCCGUAGAAACGAAAUCGUUUUCACCCCGCGACCUGACCGGCGGCGCGGCUCGGCACGCAGGAAAUCUCGCGCGAAACCUCACAAACGUUUCGUACCGUAUCCAACAUAUUUGAAGUCCAACGUGUUCUUUGUUUCCGGUCAGAACGCCGCGGGAGUUUCCGACCCCGUACCGGCUUGUCCCGAGGACAGCUCUUCACGCGCCCGACAUCCACGGCGUUACCGGACAUUUUAAACAAUCGUCGGGCCACUCCGACUCCUCAACAACUCACCACCCGACAAUCUUCGAACGGUAUCGAAUAAUCAGUAUUUUUCGAUCGCGUACCUCCACUCACGAAAAUCUGUAUCUGUUUAACAUUGGCACCGGUCCAAAACUGUCCGUGCUCGGCCACUAGCGUCGAUUUCUAUUAUUAAACCCAGCGAACGACCGCUUUGUUUUUCACCAUCACUUCCCCCCCCCUCUCGCCCCCAUCGUAAUAUGUAUGUGAAUUUGUUUUAAUAUUAUGUUUACGUUACGUUGUGGUAUACAAAUAGUAAAUACGUCGUCGUUUAUCAUAAGGUCUAUGGCACACUAUCCAUCACCGCCCAAACUUAUGCAGUCCGUUUUGUACAUGUUACAGGCUUACAGGAACAAGGGAAGUCGAUCGAUAUCCGGAAACCCAGUCGCUCAACAACAGUCUCCCGGACCGUCGACUCCUCUUAACGGAGCUCCUGGAUCGCCAGUGGUAAUGACCGAGUCUCAUCAUAAUCCGGUACGGACGCGAUCUCGCGAAAAAAAUUAUAAACCUAAACAACUAAUAUACGCGGUAUUCUGAAAAUACUAUAACGCAUUUUUUUUUUCUUGUUCGUUUCCGCAGCUCUCCGGUACAACAUUGACGACUGCCGGUAACGGUCCCGGGUUCUAUAGCAACCAGGCGGUCGGAAUCAUGGAAUCAGACCCUAACGGUAUAGGAUUCAGGGAUAACAGGUUCGGGACGCCGGCCACGUUGUGGCAUUCCACCGACGGAAACGCAUUGGGUACGUAUCUCGAAAAAUAUCCAUACAUAAUUGAUACACGAUUUAAUAAUAAAUUAUAGGUUAUGCGUAUUAUAUGAACGCCAAAUUACUAACGUGUUUCGUUUUGUAUUUUUGUAGGAUGGACGGCCGUCACCCAAUCGCCCCAACCACAGUAUGUCGGCCAGCAGAUCCAGUUGGAAGACAUCCGAUACCAUUCGCCUGCCAACACGUUGCAUUAUUCCACACACGCGCCCCCGAACGUUUACAACCAACCGGGAUACCAGACGGUGAGUACAGCGCAGACCCCGACCACUGGGUUCAUUCAGGUCACCAAUGGUUUCGGCCAGCAACCGGCUCAAGUCACCAGUUCGUUGAUCAACGGUGUGCCGAACGUUGCGCCCGCCAUCAACGGCAACGUGGAAUACUUGGAGUCUUCGGGCCGUACGGACUUUGUUAACGGCACGCCCAAUUACAAUCACAUUUCCCAGACCGUACGUAUUCGCCAAAUUAUUAUUAUUAUUGUUAAUACUGUUUUGUCGUCAUGUGCCUGCAUUUUAUAUUUUCAUUACUAUAUCGUUUGUAUAGGUACAAGAACAGUCGCCAUCUUCUCAAACCAUGGAUUCGUCAAACGACACCUCUGUUAAAGUAAUCGCUAACAGUUUCAGUCAAUCCGGGGCGGGAAACGCGAUACCUGGAUACCCACCUCAACAACCUCCCCAAUCGCAACAGAGUUUACACAGCUCUAAUGGGUAAACAUAUUUUGUUUUUCUAUACUCACGUGAGGUGUCUUUCAAAUUACUUAAAUAUUAUUUUCUUUACAAUAGGUAUCCAGGUAAGAACGACGGAAAUUCCGUAGGGGAGGAGAGAAGUCGAGUUUCGGAUUCUCCAGCAACCGGUGUAUGGGGCCAGUCGAAUAGUCAAUAUGAUACAUCAACACCGGGGGCCGACAAGAGCAAUUUAAAUAAUCGAAUAAAAUCAAUGAUCCUUAACAAACAACAAUAUCAACAACAUUACAUUCAAGAUAGACCGCAAGAACAACAACCAACCCAACAACAUCAACAAUAUGCAAAUGAUCAGUAUCAACAAAAGGAACACAAUACAAAUGAUCAAAACGGCUUGCAAAAAAGGCACCAACAGCAACAAAAACAACAACAGCAGCAGCAACAACAACAACAACAGCAGCAGCAGCAGCAGCAGCAGCAACAGCAACAACAACAACAUGCACAACAACAACACGUGCAAAUUCAGCAACAUCAGCAACAAGCUCAACAGCAACAGGUUCAACAAGCUCAUCAACAAGCACAACAACAAGCUCAACAACAGGCGAAACAGCAAGCACAACAACAAGCACAACAAAGUGCGGCUCAGCACCAACAGUAUCUUAACGAUCAGUAUCAAACCGAACAGCGGCAUAGUCCCCAAGAAAUAAAUCAUCAGCAAAUGCACCAUCAGCAGCAAAUACAGCAACAACAAAUACAACAACAGCAGCAGCAGCAACAGCAACAGCAGCAGCAACAGCAGCAGCAGCAGCAGCAGCAACAACAACAGCAACAGCAGCAGCAGCAACAACAACAACAGCAGCAGCACCAUCAAAAUUUGCAACAAACACAUAACCAACAACAUAUGCAUCAACAACAUAUGCAUCGACAACAAAUAUUACAACAACAUCAGGCGCUUCAGCGUCAACAAAGAAACGACGACGGUAGCGGUUCAAAGAGUCCGCUGAAUCAAACGGACCAUCAACAAUACAUGGUGGCGGACACUAAGCAAAACUUAAUGAGCAAUAAUUUUUUAGUCCAAGGCCACCAUCCUCGGAGCUUAGCUACUGAGGGUGGUGGCUUUUAUUCGGAUGUCCAACGACACCCGAUACACAAUCAUCAUCAACAAUACCUUCAACACCAUCAGCAUUCACAACAGCAUCCACAACAGCAUCAGAGACAUCACGAGGAUAACUAUCGUCAUUUUUCCGAUAUCUCGGAAACCCAAAAAGGUCCGCGAAAAGUGAAAGAAGAGUUUAUCGCCGAAAUGCCGUACGAAGCGAGACUGCAACGAUUGCCGUUCGGGAUCGACCCCAGAGUGAGCCAAAAGCUUGACGACUACGUUUUUCGUGGCGACGGUGGACCCAGCCCUAUUGAUGCUGCUGCAGGGCCCUGGUGUUGUCGAAUGGGCGGCACUGAUACUCCGACGACAAAACAUCUGUCCGACGGAUGCUGUCGUGGAUUGCAAAUGCUCCAGCAGCCGAACGAGAGCGAUUUAGAUCCAACCGAACUGAAACAAGAGAACGGUCCAUAUUUUGCGGAUAGUAUGGACGAUAAGUAAGUGCUUUUUUUCCCACGGUUUUUGUGUUUAUUGGCUUUUUAUAUAUAAAAAAAAAAAAAAAAAAAAUCUUAACGCGAAAAUCGUUUACAGAAUGAAAUCGAACGUCAGCGAAGCCGAGACGCCCGAUUGCGAUUGUUUUCCCACCGAUAAAGCGCCGCCCGAACCGGGACCGUUUUACACGCAUCUCGGAUCGGCCAACAAUUUAAAAGAGCUCAGGACGAACAUUGAACAAAUGUCGGGCAUACCAGGAAAAGGAAUACGAAUGGAGAAGGUAUUAUCAUUAACACCCGACGGUCUAGUGAUCAUAACACUGACACCGUCGUUUGUGCGUAUUUAUACUUAGGUGUUGUAUACCGGGAAAGAGGGCAAAACGGCACAAGGCUGUCCGUUGGCCAAGUGGGUGAUACGGCGUUCGUCGAACGACGAGAAACUGUUGGUGGUCGUCAAAAACCGAAAAGGACACACGUGCUGUCAUUCGUGGAUCGUCAUCAGUAUGGUGGCCUGGGACGGUUUGCUGUCCGACGACGCCGAUAUACUGUACACCAUGCUCUCGCACAAGCUAAACAGGUGCGUAAUCACAUUAUUCGUUACGCGUUGCGCACAUCCGAAACUAACAUUUCCUCCGAUACAUCGUGACCGCAGGUAUGGAGUGCCGACGGCUAGACGGUGCGGCACAAACGAUCCACGGACAUGCGCUUGUCAGGGGCUCGAUCCCGACAAGUGCGGCGCUUCGUAUACGUUCGGGUGCUCGUGGUCGAUGUAUUACAACGGUUGCAAGUACGCCAGGAGCAAAGACGUACGGAAAUUCAGACUCUCCGUGCGGACUGAGGUAUGGCGGUUGUAUCAUAUUGAAAACGGACGAUGCGACCAAACCGUAUAUUUUAUUCUCGUUAUUUCGUACAGGAACAAGAGUUGGAAGAACGGUUGCAGACGCUGGCGACAAACUUAUCGCCGUUGUACAAGUCGUUGGCCCCGCGGUCGUACGAAUAUCAAAUACAAAGUGAACGCGAAGGGCCGGACUGCCGGCUGGGUUUCAAACCGGGCCGUCCGUUCGCCAGCGUCACGGCGUGCAUAGAUUUUUGCGCUCACGCCCAUCGAGAUAUCCACAACAUGAUCAACGGCUGCACGGUUGUAAGUUUACACAUCGCCGGUUUAUUAGCGCACCGCGUUAUGUUCAAUUUCCUCGAUGAAAACUAUUAUAAACUCGCAAUGAUGAUGUAUUUAGGUGGUGACGUUAAACAAACACCGCGGCGUGCAAAAACCCGAAGACGAACAGUUACACGUUCUGCCCAUGUACGUAAUAGACGAAUCGGACGAAUUCGACGACAAACAAGCUCAAAACAACAAAUUCCAAAACGGAUCCGUCGAAAUGCUUUCCAAGUACGAUUCCCCAGCGAAUCGAAGAGUAUUUUCAAUAUAAAUACGGUGUACAUAAUUUUGCGUUCUCGUCAUUUCUGUAGAUUCCCGUGCGAGGUAAGAGUCAGAUCGGUGCCGUUGACACCGUGCCGGCGAAAAAAACGCAAGGGCGACGAUUCCGAAUCGGCCAAGAAAUCCGCGGGCAAAAAGGUCCCGCAGCCGCCCGAACAGAACCAAGUACAGAGUUCACAGGUAUGUCGUUCGCGGCACCGUCUCCGCCUCGGGGUAAUGCGUAAUAUUAAUUUCGAAUACCGCGGGAACAAUUUUGUAGAUCUCUUCGACGGUGAUGGACAGCCCGGCGAUCAACAUUCACCAGCGCUGGAACCGACAAAGUGUACCGGGACAAAGUCCGGCCAACCGCCACAACGUCCAAGAGUACAGCCCGUACAAUAUAGGUAAACUGACGACACGUUAAUAAUAUUCUCGGACCGGUCGAAAUUGUGAUAUUUGUGUUAAACGAUAUUCGUUGUUCUCCCUUUGCCGCCGAAACAGAUAACAUAAUGUCGCCGAGCAUGGCGAUGAUGGAGAUGAACAACGCUAAGGCGAAUCAACACCGCGGUGCUCCUCCACCGCCGUCCGACCGCCAUCACGUCCGCAAUCUCUGGCCGUCCGUCGGCGGCGGUCUCCCCGGCGGCAAGCCGGUCCAACCGUCCGCGCCCGCGGCCGCCAGUUUCACUCCGGUAAUGCAGAAGCAAAUGUCUUUGAUGCCGCCGCAUUAUUACGACCAGUCGACCAGCUACGCGACGAACCGGCCCGCGAACGACGGCGACACCGGCAACGGCGGCGUUUGCAAUAACAUUUUCGAAUCUAGUCAAGCCCGGCCCGGUCCGUCGACGGUGGCCGCGAACGGCGCAGGAACGCUCGAGUACGCCGAUCUAUACGACCGGCCGCCAACGUACAUUCAACCGCACCCGACGAUGGCCCCGCCGGACCCCGGCCGCUGGUAUCCGUUCACGAUCCCGCCGCCGCCGCUGCUGUCUCAGCCGACGUUUGAAACAUCUCGAUACUAUCGUCCGGACCCGACGGCUAUGGUCGAUCAAGUGAGUCACAGACGCACGGUCCACGCGACGACGGCCGUGAUCGCGCAACAGUAUUUUACGAACUAACCUAACCUCCGUUUCGCAGGGAACGUCCCAAUAUCAGUUUCCCAAGUGGGAUUUAUACGGACCGACACCGUACUUUCCUUCAGCCGUCGUGCCGGAACCGGUGGAGCCGCCUAAAGUCCGGUUGAUCGGCCAGGUGACCGAUUUCAUUGAAAACAAAGAAUGCUUUAAGGUAAUAUUUUAGGAUAUUAAGGAUUUUUUCCCCCGUGAAAAUCCAUUUUCCACCGCGGCGUAAAUCCGUUCACGUCGUAAAACCCUGGCGCGCGCCAUUUUUUUACAGGACCCUCAGAUGGGCGGCGUUGCCAUCGCGCUCAGUCACGGUUCGGUGCUGUUCGAGGUGGCCAAACUGGAACUGCACGCCACAACGGCGCUCCGGAAACCCGAUCGUCUGAACCCUACGCGCAUCAGUCUGGUGUUCUACCAGCACCGGAACUUAAACAGGCCCAGACACGGAUGGAGUGAAUGGGAAGAAAAGACGAGGGCCCGCAAGUUGGCCAACAUGCCGAGCUCGGCCCCGCCAACGGUCGGUGUAACGGAUGCCAACGCUUUGUUGCCAGCGGCUGACGGACGCAAGUCGGCCACCGUGACCACCACCACGUGGACCACGUUAUUCCCAAAGUUCCCGUGCAUGGUCACCGGACCGUACCAAGAAAAUCAAUGUCAGUAGUAAACAGAUAUUGUGCUAUGGUGAUUUAUUUAUUUCUAUUUUUAUAAAACCAUGUGAUUUUGUAAUUUUUUCACAACCCUAUCCCACCUAAUUGUUUUUUUCAUUUUCUAUUUCUCUCCCUCCUCUCCUCUCUCUAUAUCUUUAUGUAUGCAUGUUAUCAUUACAACACUCACUUCUCAAAUUCCACAGAAAGCCAAAGAAGUUAUAAUAUAUUAUUGAUUAUUUAUUUUUUACUCGGAUAUAUGUAAUUUUUAAGCAAUCAUUUUAUAACAUUAUCGAGAUAAGGAAACAGUAGUUUUUAAGAAUCAAUAUUUUUGAAUCACAAUUUUUGUUAUAAUUUGUUUUUUUUUUUUUGUUCUUUAUUUUUUUCUGUAUAUAUUUAUUAUAAUUUUGAAAAUUUUUUUUGGAUUCGUACUGAGUACGAACGAGUGUACUAUUAUCGAUAGACAAAUUUUUUUUCGUGUACGGGUCCAAAACAUUAUAUUUAGUGAUUUAUUUUUGUACUCUUAACUAAUCGCCUACAUAAUAUAUGUAUACAUACAUAUAUAUAUAUUUCAAAUAUUAUAUUAUAUUGAAUAUUAAAUAUUUAUUCGUAUAGAUUUUAUAUACACGACGUACGAGUAUAUAUGAAUAAUUUUUAGUUUUAACAAUAUCCGGGAGAUAUUUUUUUAUUUUGUUUUCGAAUCAAAAGAAAUUCUGGUCUGUUAAAUUCACCCACUAUUCAUGCCCGUGAGUUUUGGGAAUGACCGAUUUUCUCAUUUUUACACCAUUUUUUUGAUUUUCCAUGGUAUGAUAAUAUUUAAAAUAAGAUUAACGAUAAACAAUUUCUUUGUGUUCAUUUAAUAGAUCUCUCUACGUAGGUAGAAGUUCCAUCACACUGGAAAAUUCAGAAUUAAAAUGUAACACCUAAAAAUAAUAAUAAUAAUAUUAUUUAAAACAAAUAUAUAUAUAUAUGUAUAUAAAAAUAUAUCAAAUUCGACUGAUUAGUUAGGUAUAGCUAUCAUAGGAGGUAGUGUGCGACCUACUUAGUUGUAUAGGAAUAUUUUUUAAUCAUAUAGUAAUAAUUAAAAAAAAAAAAACAAUGCUCAUAAAGUUUUUGAAAAUUUAUUUAUUUUUUUUAGAAUGAAUCAAUGUAUAAAUUUGUAUAAAAAUACUAUAUUACAAAUGAAAAAAAAAAAAAACACAUGUGUUACAUACAUAUUAUGAUAAUAUGUAAAAGAAAAAUAUAUAUUUUUGGAAGACUUUUUUUAGGAUAAAAAUUAUAAGAAAAUUUAAUGGCGCGUUGAAUUUCAAAUAAAUAUUUUAAGAUGUUGCAAUUUUUGUAUUCUAAAUGAAAAACAAAUAAUAUUUUAUGUAAUAUUAUUAUUACGAUUAUUGAUAAUAAAUUUUGUGUUCCAUAAAAUUGUAAGUUUAAAAGAUAAAUUAUUUUAAUAAAUGAAUAAAAGACAUUCGUAUAUUAUAUUAUUAUGAAUUGUAUGAGUUUAACCGUUAUAUGAAAUUAUUAUUGAUAAGCACUGAGCUUUUUUUAACGACGAGUACAAAAAAACAUGUAUCUUAAUUUUAAUGCAAAAUUUGUAUAUUUUUUUUUUCGUAUCAUUUACUCCCCGCAUAAAAAAGGCCCGUCUUCCAAAAUGUUUUUUUUUUUUUUUUGUUUAUUUGUAUCCGACUUCAUCAUCGAAUGAUUUUUUUUUUCGUGUAUAUUUAUAAAUUAAUUUAAUUUAUUUAUUUUUUGUAUUUAUUAUUAUUAUUUAUUUAUUUAAUUUUUUUUUUCUAUCCCUAUACAUAUUUAUUUUAAGGCUUAUUUAUAUACACCGUGAGAGACGUAUUCAAUUUAGUGUUGUAAGUUAAUAUCGAAUGUACCUACCGAUGGAAUUCUCUCGAAUAAAAAGAGUUUGUACACACUUUUCAAAUAAUUAUGCACUUAUUAAUGUUGUUGUUUUACCUCAUUUCACUCCUUAUCGUACUAAUUAUUUGACUGAAUAUUUUUAGUCUAUUAAAAUAUACGGAACAACCGAU